UCAGUCCAACGCUAACUGCCGCUCCGACAUUCCCAAACCAUCGCAACCGAACGCGCGGUAACGAAACGUUCACUUGGUAAGGUCACACCGUAUACGGCAUUCGACGGUACACACGAAAAAUUUUCAAAUUCCUAAUUUGGAACGCGUCCGUGAAAAAUUAAAAAAAUCCAGUGAAUUUGAAUUCUCGAUAUCGGUGUUUGAAGUGACAGUGUUGUGGACCUUUGAACGUUGUUCCGUGUUACCGCGAUGUACAUGGUGGCGUGACACCGGGUUGACGUGAAUCAAUCCGCGAGAUGUCUCAGCCGCCAGGGCGCGGUCGCGCGCGGCCCCCGGGUCCCGCUUCGCCCCUUAACUACCGUCCCCCUUCACCAUGGGCCCCCAGCCCGCCUCCACUCAUCUCAGGACCCAGGCACUCCACAGCGAUAGUAACACCACCGCCAGUGCAUCCCUCCCCCAGACCGUUUCGACCGUUACACUCCCCUCACAACCUACGGCAGCACUCUCCCUCACCCAGUUUUUCCAUCUCUCCUUACCCAAUGUCUCCCAUAUUGGGUCAGAGUCCGGAGUACUAUUACUCGUCUCCUUACGAACCGGUUCGGGAGUAUGAUUACGCGGGAGUGCCACUGGAGCCGCCUCCACCGCCGCGACCCAUGAUAUAUGAGGAGGACGAAGAGGAGCGAGGUCCUUCUACAGCGGAGAUCAUAGCCCAGCAGUCGCAAGAGGGCUACGUGGAUGAGAAACUAGCAGAGUAUCAGGCGACGAUUCAGUUAUUGCAAGAUGAACAGGAAAGAGUACAGAAGAAAACAUUUGUCAAUUGGAUCAACUCACAUUUAUCGAAGCGCAUACCGCCACUGCGCAUCGAUGACCUUAUAUAUGACCUGCGAGAUGGUACCAAGUUGUUGGCGCUGCUCGAAGUGUUGUCCGGGGAGAAACUGCCUAUGGAAAGAGGUCGCGUCCUCCGACGCCCGCACUUCUUGUCGAACGCGAACACUGCACUGCGCUUCCUAGCCGGCAAAAGGAUCAAGUUGGUGAACAUCAACGCAGCCGACCUGGUGGAUGGACGGCCUGCAGUCGUGCUUGGUCUUAUCUGGACCAUCAUCCUCUACUUCCAGAUCGAGGAGAACAGCCGGGCUCUAGAGUACCUAGGAGGGUCUCGAUGUGCGUCAGUGAUGUCUCAUGAGUCGGGUGCGGCCACCCCGACCCAGCGAGCUGAAGAGAAGUGGAAGCAAGGCGCCAAGAAGACCCUACUGCAGUGGGUCGCCAACGCGUUACCGAAGGAUUCAAACAUCCAAGUAACAGACUUCGGUCCAUCAUGGCGCGAUGGUAUCGCGUUCCUCGCCAUCAUCGACGCCAUCAAGGCGAACCUCAUCAACCUCGCAGAGAUGAAGAGGAAGACCAAUAGACAACGUUUGGAACAUGCGUUCGACGUCGCAGAAAACGCACUCGGCAUCGCCAGGCUACUGGACGCCGAAGAUGUGGAUGUCGACAAGCCUGAUGAAAGGUCUAUCAUGACAUACGUAGCCCAGUUCCUGCACAAAUACCCUGAACCCAAGACGACAGGACCGGAUGCCGUAGCGGCAGUGCAAGAGGAGUACGAAUCUCUUAGAAUGUGGCUGACGGAGCGCGUCACCACAGUUCAAAGGCAAUACGACUCGCGAACACUCUCGCGACACUACGAAGAUUACGUGCGCGCUGAGAACGAACGGCUCGCGCGGGAACCCAUCUACCAGAAACUAGAGAAACUCAUGUACACGCAGAGCCUUGUAGCGAUCGCGCCAAAGUCGUGGCGCGAACUAGUGUCCCUCUGGAUAGAAUUAGAAAGACUGCACAGAAGAUGGCUGUGGCUCUUAGACGCAGAACUCCCCGGAGAUUUUAGAAACGUCGGCGAAUGGUUAGCGAGGGCCGAGUACCUUUUAUACUUUGACGAAAUCCCCACUAGCUUAGACGAGAGGACCGCUGCCAUAAUUAGCGAGAAGUUAGAGGAACACAGCGGCUUCUUCGCUGGAUUACCAGAAGUUAUCGAUAGAUUCGAAGCGGCUUUAAGAUCACCUGACGCCGCAAGAAUACCUCGCGAAAGACUCCAAGACAUGAAGGAGCGCCUCGAGACAGUAAGUCGAAGAGCUCCACAGAGGAAGGCUAGGUUAAAGUACUUGGAGCACAAAUGUUGUAUUGUAGCCUUCACAGAGCUGACUAAAGCUAAGCUCGCCACGUGGACCGGCAAGUACGGUCGCAUCGACCACGUUCGUGCCUUAUUAGAAGAUUAUGAUAAUUUCGUGACUAAGAAUAAGAUUUUCCAGGAGUUUGAUAGAGCUUAUGUUGAUAUUAAGCAAGUAGCGGAGGAAUACAAGAGGGUGUGUGAAGUAGAUAGGACUGAAGCGAGGGAUAUUGAUACGUUCUUGAAAGACGUCGCCGAGACAUGGCGGCGCGUGGCGUCCGACGUGCGCUGCGCCAGGAGUGUGCUGGAGGAGGUCAUCGCGCACUGGGAGCGGUGGAACACGCUGGCUGACGACUUCACCACUUGGCUGGACAAAGCACAACACAUGCUGAGAGUGUCAGAAGAUGAGAGACUGGAGUUCUUCCACGACCUGACGGUUUGGAAGGAGAAGCACCAGUUGCUGGGUGACGCGGCUGGGUUCCUGGCUGCCACCUCCUCCGAGGAGAUCAGCCAGGAAGUCAAGAGGAAGUAUGUAGAAAUCACUGAACGAUGGGAACGUGUUUGGGAAGAAGCUGAGAGAUACGUCCGCGGCGGCGAUGCUCUCCGCAACCGUCGCGAGCUGGCGGCCGGAGUAACCGCCCUGGACUCGUGGCUGGCCGCCGCCGACAACUUGCUGGGCAGGCAGCCGCGCGCCUCUACCCACGACAUACAGGCCUACAUCGACCAGCUACUGCAGCUCAACUCCGAGAUCGAACACCAUGAGGAGCUGUUCAAGAAUAUUAGCAGAAUCUUCCAAAACGCGAUUAAUGAAAUGCCUCGCGACGAGGUGGAAGGAAACUUAUCGAAGCUGAAACAACAGAAAGAGGCCCUGGUCCGCGUCAGGGCGACAGUGCCAGUGAAGCUGCACCAGUACAGACAACUGCUGGUGCAGCAUGAGUCGCUGGAGAGCGGGCAGAAGGAGAUCGGCGCCUGGCUCGACAAGGCUGAAGAGGCGCUGAAGACUGGAGGAGAAACCAGACGUGAGGUGAUCUCCGAGCGCUACGAGGUGCACCGCACGUUCUUCUCCCGCACGACGUACUACCGCUCCAUGCUGGAGAGCAAGAACAAAGUCUUCCAGAACAUCGUCAAGUCUGCCGACGCCGACAGGAGCGCUGACGUCACCGAGCAAGUCAGACUCAUGAGGGACCUUAAUGAAAGGUUCGCUCACGUAUCAUCUGAAGCGACGCGUCGUGAGGCUGACCUACAGCGUCUAGUCCGUGCCUGGGAGGACUUCGACGCCAAGAAGCGCGCGGUCGAAGAAUGGGCCUCACGAGCUGAGGCACUCCUCGCCGACAACAGAGUGGACUCCAAGCAGGCUGUAGACUUCCACAAGAGGUUCUUCCAAGGAGCUGAUGAAAGAGCCGUCUCCGAGCUGGUCAGGUCCGGCCGGGAACUUAUUGAGUUGGUGAACGAAGAAGACCGCCCCCGCAUUGUCCAGACAGUGGAACAGCUGCAGCAGCGCUGGAGAUCCCUGCUGGACAAGGCACCUCCUCACCUCAUGCGCCUGGAAUUCCGACUGGAUGAAGCCGUCUUCCAGCACUGCAUCAAGGAUAUUGAGAAGGAGAUCGUCUAUGAGGAACAGGCAUACAACCAAAGCGAUGACGCCGACGGCAUUCUCAUCCGCAACGAAGAAUACUUCCGCAACCAGGGCAAGAUCAUGCAGGUCGAGCACUGUCUCCAGAACCUGCAUAAGAUCGCCACCAGCUACACGCACCAGACCACAGACACCACGUUGGAGGAAUCUGUCAGGAAGUGCGAACAAAUGUGGGAAGCUACCGUACAACGAGUCGAGCACUUCAGGCAGCAGCUCCAGAGGAUCCCGGCCAAAUGGGACGCCUACAGAGAAAAGUUCCGGGAGAUGGAACGCUGGAUGGACCAUGUCGACAAGACCAUGGACAGCAUCGUGCGAGAGGUCGACUCGGCUGAGGCGUUUGAACGCGAGAAGACUAUCUUCCAGAACAUUUGCCGUGAAGCCGACAAGAAACGCGAAGACAUGAAGUGGCUUGUCCAAACCCUGGACAUGCUCACUAACCACUGCUCAGAAGCUGAAGCUCAAGAAGAACAAAUACGACUCGAAAACCUUAUUGCGAGAUAUAAGAACCUUAUCCCAACUAUUGAGAUCACGAUGAUAAAGACUGAGACUUACACACGAUGCUACACUUACCGCAGAGAAGUACACGAAGUCAUCUGUGUACUCGAGAACGCUAAAGAACAAGCCAUGGUCACACCGGAGCCCCAGUCACUGCAACACGUCGAGCAACUCGUGCUGGAGCAACAGGCUGCCGUACAGAAACUGGACCGACACCGACCUUCCGUCAUGUCCAUGCUGCAGAGAGGAAAGGAACUCAUCAGGGACGCCAACGCGCCUGCCUUCGUCAGGGAGGACGUCAGGAACCUUGAAACUGGCUGGAACACCGCCUACGAGACAUCCACUGACCGCCUGCAUAAGCUGCGCGACACACAGAAGGUCUGGUCCAACUAUGAAUACCAAAAAGACGAGCUAUUGUCAGACCUCGACAAAUACGAGAGCUACAUCGUCCACCCAGGCCUUGAACUCGGAGUCUCUAACAUCGGCCGUGAACUCCAAGAAACGAAGACGAUUAAGACUGAUAUUGAAAAGGCCAAGGCGGAACGACUUCCUCAACUGCAAAAGGCUUACACUGAACUACGUUCACUCACAGCAGACAAACCCAAACCAGUCAUCGAGAAAGAUCUAGAGACUAUUGAACGUAAGUUGGUGAGAGUUCAAGAUGAGGUCGACAGCAAGGUCGAGCAUUUAGAAAAGUUCAACGAAGAAUGGGUUAAAAUUGAACACAAAUUGGAACAUGUCAGAGAAUGGAUCAAGAAGGAAAGUCCUAUGCUAAUCCAACAGAUUCGCUCAGAAAACAUUACACCUGAAGAAAGAGUCAUUAAAUCUCAGUCGUUACAGAAAGUAAUUGCUGAGAAACUAGAUGUCAUUCGUGGUGUUGCCGAUCAAGGAAGUAAGCUGGCUGUAGAACACAGGGUCCAAGACGCCAACAGACUCAAAGGUGAAGUUGCUUUACUAGAGAAAAUGAUGGCUGACUUACAACGUUCGACAGAACACCAGACUAAGGUAGUAGAGCACGACUUGGCAACAUACCAGAAGUACCAGAAGGGUGUUGCUGAAAUCAAACCAUGGAUCGAAGAGGCUGAGUUGAAGCUGGGUAAUGUGCCUAAACCUACCACUUUGCCUGAAGCACAGCAAUUGCAACAACAGUCGAGAGCGCUGAUUACCGAUUGUGAGAAACAACUGAUGAACGUCCAAAUCUUAUCGAGCGUCAGCCAUCAACUGUCCUCCAAGUCCAUUAACGCCCCAGAUGAAGUGGACGCUAUUCACUCCAGAUGGGCAGUGGUACACGACUUGGCCGACCAGUGGAACAACAAACUAGACAAACUCGUCACCAACUGGGAGAACUUCGAACGAGAGGCGGACAAACUUGAAACUUGGAUCGAAAAUGGUGAAAAGUUAUUAAGCAGCAAAAAUGUAUCAGUCGACUCACCUCAAGUUGAAAAAUUAGAUAGAGAACUAAAUAAAUUGAAGUCCUUCGGAAAUGAAAUUUCCCAACAACAAGCUAAGAUCAUUAGUUUAUCUCAGACUUGUGAUAACAUUUGUCACAACAUUCAGCCAGAAGGCGCCACUUUACUCAAGAACAAAGUGUCAGACAUUAAACAACGCACGAAUGACCUGGCUGAGACAGUGAGGGCCAGAGUCAAUGAACUUUCCGACAAAAUCAUUGUCAGACAGGAGUUUAUGACUAAACUGCACAAUUUCGACAACUGGAUCACAGAUUUCAGAAGGAAAACAGAAAGCUACGAUCAGAUUGGUGCCGACAAAGUGGAACCAACUCUUCAGUCGAUGCACGUUCUCUUACAGGAACAUGCGGCUAAGGCGCCCGAAUUCACUGACAUCUACAAUGAAAUCAAGAACAUGACACUUGCUUCUCACCCAGAUGAGUCUCGCUCAUUAAGCGAGACAUACUCUAACAUCGCCGAACAUUAUCAGAUUAUUGAAAACAACAUCCAACAAAACAAGGGUAUCCUACAGAAGUGGUCUGAUUUACUAAACUGGUACGACGAAUCAAAACAACAAUUGAACCAUAUUCAGUACCAAGUCGAGGGCCCGAAACUUACUCCAGAAAGCUAUGAAAUAUUGAGACAAGAGCUGGUUAAUGUUAUCACCAAGAUACCUGAAUGGAAGAGCAAUGUAGCUUUGUUGGAUGGACCCUCUAAAGUUAAGGUUACUGACCAGAACACUGGCCGUAUCAUGUCACCGACCAGCAUUGUAAAGGAAAUUGAAAUGAAGGCAGAAGCUUUACUAAACCAAGUAACCAACAAGAGAGACUUGGUACAAAAGGUUGGUGCUCGAUGGGACAAGUUCAAUAUACAACAUAAUGCAUUGGGAGAAGUAUUACACAACGUUCAAACCAUUCUUAAUGAAAUGGCUCAGAAGCCCGUACCCUUAACUGAAGCUACUAUCCAAGACAUGACAGAGCAGUUAGACAAAUUAGACGCUGAAAUGAAAGAGAAACAAUCGAUUCGUAAAGAACUAAGGGAGGAAGGUCUUCACUUGAUGAGAGAGGAUCAACCUAACAUGGGAACAAUUCAGAAUGCCUUGUCUACUGCUGACAACAACUGGGACCAAGUAGUGAACGCAGUACGUGACACCAAGAACAAGUACAUCUUGUUAUCUUCCACCCUUCACGAAUUGAAGAACUUUACAGUAGCGUUUGACAGAGAAAUGGGCAGAGCCGAACAAUUGUACAACGACUGUAAAGAUGCUCCCAAUGAUUACGUCCAAACAGGACAAGCUUUAGAAAAAGCCAAGAAGUCGUAUGAGAUUCUUAAGAGAUCCAAGGGACUUUUAGAUCAAAUGGAUGUGAUCAAGCAAUCCGUCCUUAAACAAGCAUCAACAUUAGGAGGAUUUGACACGAGUCCGCUAGAAGACGCAUUCCUGAACUCUCAAACGCACUGGGAGAAGGUUAACGAUGCUGUUAUUAAAAGAAUACAAGACUUGGAAUCUCAAUUGAUCGUUUGGAGACAAAUCGAUGACACAAAGAACCAAGUUAUUACCUGGUUAAGUGAAACUGGUCAGAACUUGGCUAAUGCCUGUGAUAACUUGGAAAUUCGAUUUGGACAAAGCCAUCUUACAAAGUACAAGGAAGAGUUGCCAAUUUACACAGGUCUUAAGAACAGUAUCAAGGCCAAAUGUGAACAGAUUACCAAUCUGAAUAAGAGCAUCCCUGUUGGUCAAGUUUCUUCCAUUAUUGAUUACUUGGACAACGAAUUUGCCGCUCUUCAGUCUCUGGCUGAUAACUUAGAAAGCGCAGUAUCUUCUCUGGGUACCAAAGAAACUAAAUUGAAAGAUCAUAUCAAACGCCUUUCAGACAAUGUCAGCAAGAUCCGCGAUGACAUUAUCAAGUGUGACGACAUGACAGGUGACAACGCUAAGAUUCUUGACCGCUUGAAGAAAUGCCAAGCCUGCAAAGCAGAGCUCCAGAACUUGAACGAUGAAAUCGAUAACUUAUCUCAAAGUGUCUCAGAGAUGAAUGAUAAUUAUCCUGGUUUCUACGAGUCUCUGGUGCCUAAGGAACUGAGUACUCUUCAAAAGAGAUUCGAGAGUGUUUUGAUACACGCAAACAAAACAGAAAUCACUCUACUCACGUUCUUGCAGAAACUCUUCACUGACAAAUUAGCAAUGUUCAACAGGAAUCUAAAGAUAUUAGAUGACAAAACAAGAUGGUGCAUGCCUGACGUCACAAGUGAUAAAUAUAAUUUGGAAGUCAAAAACGCCGCUCUUAUUGAUGUCGAAAACGGUAUUGCUGACUGUAGAGCCAAAGUUGCCGAGUUGAAGGAAGCUCGUGAUAUUCUUAAAGUUGUCGCAGAGCCCGCCUGUGCUCAAGAAGCAGCUCAACAAACUGAAAAAGCCCAGAAGAACCUCGAUGUUCUUAACGCUAACUACGAAGAAAUUAAGAACAGAUUAAAAGAAAACAUUGACGCUUGGCAAGAGUACGAAGUACUCCUAGAAAAUGUUUCAGAGUGGUUGAAAGAAAAAGAAAACAAAGUUAGACAAGAAGCUGCCAACCUCCUCAAUCUGGACGAAAUUGACUCUAAAAUUGCUGAAGUUGAAAAACUUGACCAAGAAAUUAAGGAAUAUGGAGGACAGGUCAGCAAGCUCACAGAGAUUGGAGAAAAGAUCUUAUCUCGCAAUCCAGACUCGCGUGUUCUACAACAUAUCAAUCAUUUAGUCUCUAGAUAUCAGACCGUUGGCAAGUUUAUGGAGAGUCAUCUUAACAGGCUUAAAGACCUGAAAGAAAACAAAGCCAAGUAUGACAAAUCUAUUGCCGAAUUCAAGAACUGGCUACAAGACGCCAAUGGUAAGAUUAAAGAUUUAGCUGUAAUGAGCAAGCACGCUAAACCAUCAGCAGCUGACCUUGCACAAGUAAAGAAACUUAACGAAAACAAAGAUGUUGGUCAGAAACUUCUCAACAAUGCCAUAGGAUCUGGCGAGGCUCUAUUCAGCGGCAUCACACCUGAAUGCCGUGAACAAGUAAGAAAUGAACUAAGAGCUCUAAGGGACUACUUUGAAGAUUCCGUCGAUUCACUUAACAAUGUAAUUAAAGACAUCGAAACCACAAUCAACAAGAGGUCGUCAUUUGAUGACACCUUCAACCAGGUUCAGAAGUGGAUCGGUGACAAGGAAAAGGAACUUGGAGAGUUCAAACUCUGUCCUACAUUACCCGAAAAGAAAGCACAACUUCAUGCUAACAAGAUACUUCACCAAGAAGUCGAAUUACACCAAUCGAUGCUGUCACAAUUAACUGAGAAGAUCAAAUUAAUGCCUGAUGAAGAGGCAGAAAAGAGUCUUUCCAAGACAAUUGACAGGUAUAAGAAUAUGUCUAAAGAGCUAGAAAAGAGAAUCGCAACAUACGAAUCUCACGUAGCCGAUCACGAAAAAUACGUUAGCAUGUUUGAAGACGUCCGCGAUCGCCUUAAUCACAUCGUAGCUGAAAACAGUAUGCUCAACUAUGGAUCUGUUACUCAGAAGGACGAUGUCGACGCUAAGAUUGCUGCAAUCGAAAAAGUUUCAUCGAAGGCUCAAGACAUUCAGAACAACCUGAGUGGUCUUAGGUCACAACUUGAAACUGUAGUAGAAACUACGCAUCCUAAUGGACAUCCAGUGCUCAUCAGUGAGUAUGAACAGCUCAAGGUUAUAUGGGACCAAUUAGCAACACAAUGUAAGGAACAAGAUAAGAAACUCAAAGAUACACUUAAACAAUGGACCGAGAGUCAGAAGACCUUAGAUGAACUCGAAGAAUGGUUGAAGGUCAAAGAAAACCAAGUCAGAGACCAAAGUCUAAAGAGUAAUCUGGAGGCUAAGGUUGCUCACUUACAAAAAGUCAAAGAGAUUCAAAGUGAGCUGGCUUCAAGAAGUGCUGAUUUUGCUGCCUUGACUGAUACUAAACAGAAUGUUGCUACUGAAUCUGAACUUUCAAAUAAGACGUCGAAGUUGGCAACAAGAUACCACACGCUCAACAAUCUUGUAAAUGAAAUCAUUUCCAAGUACGAAGUAUUCGUCUCAGAACACCAGACAUUUGAAAAUGAAUACAAUAACAUGGAGAACUGGCUCCUAGGUAUGUUGGGUGAACUACAAGAUCUUAAUGAAAUCGUGGGAGAUUACGCUGUCUUACAAGAAAAACAAAAUAAAGCUAAAGAACUGUACGAAACCAGGAACAAGAAAACUCCUGCGUUCGAAGAGUUCUUAAGUUUGGGCGAAAAGUUAUACACGCAUACCAGCCCAGAUGGCAGAGAAGUUAUUCGUCAAAAGAUUCGCAAAAUCAGGACUUUGUGGGAUAGUUUCGGAGACAGCUUCCAAGAGACUGUUAACAAAUUGGACCAAUGCCUUCUUCAAUUCUCAGAUUUCAGUCUUGCUCAAGAGCAACUGACCAAAUGGCUUAAGGACGUAGAAAGAGCGAUGCAAAGACACACUGAACUAAAGGCUUCCCUCGAAGAAAAGAAAGCUCAGUUACAAAACCACAAGAUUAUGCAUCAAGAGAUUAUGACUCACCAGCAAUUAGUAGAAUCUGUCUGCGAUAAAGCCCAACAGCUGGUAGACCAGACACACGACGCUUCUUUGAAUGUUUAUUUACAAUCCAUUAAACAAUUGUUCCAAAAUAUUGUCACCAAGUCUCAAAAUCUGCAAGACAAUUUGGAGGACUGUGUGAAGAGGCACGAAGAUCUGGUGCGACUCAUUCAACAGUACAAAGAAUGGCUUGGAUCACAGUCAGAGAAACUACUUGAUAUUGAAAAUGCGACAGGUGAAAAGCCUGAAAUCAUCAGGAAACUGCAAUCUGCUAUCGCAUUGAAGGACAUCGAAAAGGUUGGUUCAAGCAAACUGGACGAAAUUAGAGCAGUCUUCGCCAAUGUUAGCAAGAGUACAUCUGAAGCCGGUAACACAGCUAUUAAGGCAGAAAUUGACAACUUACAUGACCAAUUACGUAAUGCUGUUGAAAAUAUUGCAACUUCAGAACAGAAACUCAAACAUACGUUGGAGAUUUGGAACAAAUUCGACUCUUCAAUUGAAUCUAUUACUGAAUGGCUGAAAGAUAUGGAAUCAAAAUGCCGAGACCAAAGCCUUUGCUCAACUCUUAACGACAAAGAAGCCCAGUUGCAAAGAUAUGUUGACCUGCGUAACAACAUCAACGCAAAGGAGAAGGAAAUUGAUGCAUUUGUCGAUGAAUCUCACAGUUUAAUCCAACUAAGUGGUACGGAGCGUCUCAAACCUCUGGUUACCCAAGUGAGCAGUCGUUACCAACAGUUGCACCUUAUCUCGAAAGAAAUCGUCAACCAUUGGUCAGAGCUUGUCGCUGAUCACAGGAAAUAUGCUCAACUUCGUAGUGAAUUCGACGCAUGGUUGAAACCAUUGGAAGAACAGCUGUCCCAAAUGGUCACAAAGGAAGAUAAACUAAGCAUAGAAAGCAAGGGCAAUAAACUUCAAGUGUUCUUAAUGGAAAGAGAAAAUGGUGAACACAAAAUAGCAAUACUGACCACAGCUGGUGACAAAGUACUUCCUGAGACUGCUGCAAACGGAAGAGAAAACAUCCGAGCAGAAAUAAGAGCUCUUAGAGAAAGGUGGGAUAAACUUAAUGACACUAUCCUUCAACAACAGAAAGAAUUCGAGUCUCAAACACUGCAAUGGUCAAGCUAUCAAGAUGUCUUGCAACAGACAUUGGCUUGGUUGGAUGAAAAAGAGAAAAUUGUUGAUGCCGAAGAAAAAGCUGUGCUUAACUCUGCUCAAGAGAUUAAGUCUAAAUUGUUGAAGAACAAAACGCUGUUGCAAGAAAUAUAUUCUCAUAAGAGAGUUAUUGAAACCGUAACUGAGAAAGCCAAGAGUGUAUCAGCUACUCUUCAUUCAGGAAAGGGAGAGAGCGAUGAAAUGACAGCUAUCAUCAAAUCUGUUUGGGACAGAUACAAUGCCCUUACAAACAGACUGACUGGCAUCAUCGAUAAACAUGAAAGCACAUUCGACAUCUACCAACAGUUCGCUGACCAACAAAAAUCUCUGCAAGAUUACCAAAAACAUCUUUGGGACCGCCUUCACCUGCUAUCAGAUUACAGCGGUAACAAAGCCGCAUUGCAGAGUAAAUUGGGUAAAAUCCAAGAACUGCUGGAUGCAAUCCCAACUGGAAACAACAAAUUGAAGAUUCUAUCAGAUCUUAUUGAGAAGAACAAUGCUAGACUUUCACCCAGAGGUAGAGAUGGUAUGUCUAGGGAGCUGAGUCUGCUAAAGGCAGAUUUGGAGAAGUUUACAGCUACCGUCCAUGAUGUCAAACGAGGAAUCGAAGACAAGAUACAACAAUGGAUCGAGUUCGACAGCGCUAACGAGCGCUUACAACACUGGUUGAGUGACACUGAGAUGAGUCUGAAGACCUACACGCCCAAAGCAACCCUGGAAGAAAAGGUGGAUCAACUGAACAAAUAUCAGGAUUUAUGUAAAGCGAUUGAUAAUCACGACAAUGAUUUGAGCGCAGUCAUUGCUUUGGGCGAAGCCUUGGAUCAAGCUAUCUUGGCUAACUUGAAGAAGACAGAAAACGACGUCGAUAAAUUAUCGGAUGAGUUCAGUGACCUCAUAGAAAACUGUAAUGAUACUAGGAUCACAAUGAACUUACAACAGAUGACGUCACGAUUCCAAUCCGUACAGUCUACGGCGAAGGAGCUUGUUAAGAAAUGUGAGCAGGCUGUUAAUGAUCACAAUGCUUACCAAGAGAAGUACAAUCAAUGUACUGACUGGUUGAAGGCGGCUCAACUUAAAUUUGAUGAAUGCAAUGAAAAUCUGUCUAACACACCUGAAGGAAUCAGCGCUAAACGAGAAAGCCUUAACGAUUUACUGAGCCAAAGACGUAAUGCUACCCUUCUGGUCAACAAUACCUUUGAAUUGGGCGAAAAAUUAUAUCCUUCCACAUCACCUGAAGGUAAAGAAAUCAUCGAACAGCAGUUGCAUGAAAUACAACAAGCUAUUGACAACCUGUACGAUAACAUCACUAAGGCUGAGAGAGACCUUGACUCUGAGCUAAACAAGUGGUCCUCGUUUGAAGACAACCUUAAGAAUGUGCAGCAAUGGCUGACAACGGCUGAAAAGAAUUUACCAAAGGAAAUUGAACUAAAGGCAACUUUAGAUGAAAAACGUAAUCAACUAAACGUUUACCGAACAUUCCUUCAAGACGCUAUUGCUCAUCAACAAGAUAUUGCUGACCUAGAAUCUCGUGCUCAGUCUCUACCUGAUGUUAGCAAAGAUAUUGCUAAGGAAAUCAAACAACUGAAACAAAGGCAUGAGACUAUUUUGUCUAGAGCUAAAUCCUUCGUGGAACAAUAUGAAGCCAUUGUAAAUAACCACCAACAAUACACCAAGGCUGUCAAGGACUUGGAAGAAUGGGUCGAGGCCACUCAAAAUACUGCUCAACUGUGGGGUGAUGUCAACCUUGAACGCGUAGCACUCAGUAGCAAUUGCGAGAAACUUAAAUCUCUGCAACUUAGCCUUCCUGAAGAGAAGAACCGUAUUGACAAAAUACGUUCACUAGGUGAAAAGGUGUUACCAGGAACUAUUAGCACCGGACAAGCCAAUAUUAGAAACCAAAUUGAUGCUUCUCACCAAGAAUGGGAAGGCCUUGUAUCUUUCAUUAAUAAGACCAUCGAAGCAUUGGAGAACAAGAUCCAACAAUGGAACGAAUAUGAAAACAUGAAAGACCAGUGCCUGGCUUGGAUCAGAAAUACUGACAACCAGAUCCAUGCUGUUGACUUGAAAGCUACUCUUCCAGAGAAGCAAGAACAAUUCAAGAAAUUCCAGGAGUUACAGGGUGAAGUCCGAGCUAAAGAGCUUGAAAUUGAUAACAUCACUGAAAAGGCUCAGCACCUGCAUACUGGUGUGUUCGGACCACGUGCUUCACAGAUUUCAGAUCUGUCUGUGAAAUAUCAAACUCUUUCACAAAAAGUCAAGGAUUUGACAAACAGGUGGCAACAGUAUGUCAAGACUCAUCAAGAAUUCGCCAGCAAUGUUACUGAAUGCUCACAAUGGAUCGAAGAGCUGAGAGACAAACUAGACUUUUGCGCUGACUUGAGCUCCUGCUCACAGGAUGAUCUUGAAACUAAAUUAGUAUUGAUCCAGAACUUGCUUCUUACAAAGGAUGAAGGUUUUACUAAAGUGCAAUCUCUUGUAGAACUAGCUCAAAAUGUUAUGGCUAACACUGCACCUGCAGGUCAUGAGGCAAUCAACAACUCAUUGGUUGCCUUACAAGAACAAUGGUCGGCCUUAUUAUCCAGAAUGAUUGAAACAAAGAACAUGUUAGAUGAUUCAGUCACCAAAUGGGCUGGCUUCCUUGAACAGAUACAACUCAUUGAGAAGAGUAACACUUAUCUCGAGAACAUGUUAGCUGAACUGACGCCUUACGAAUCAUCUAUGACAGACAAGAGGGCACAACUUGAAAAACUCAAAGAAGUAGAAGAGAAAGCCCGCUGUGAUCGUCUUGACGUAGAUACACUGAAAGCGAAAGCAGCUGAGAUGAUCGCAAGUGGCCAACAAAAUCAAGCCGCAUCGAAAGCUCAAGAAACAUUAAGUAAGUUCGAUAAUCUUUAUGAUAAGAUCAAGAAAUUGCUUGCCGACCGCGAAGAACAAUACAAAGAUCACAGGUUGUACAAGGAAGCUCAUGAUGAGCUUAUCCAAUGGUUGAGCAGAGCUCGAGAGAAGGUACCUUCCCUGAAAUCUAAGCCAUUGAGUGACAAACUGGCCAUUGAAAAUUCUGUAGCACCCCUUGAUGCCCUGAUUAACAAACAGGCGCAAGGGGAGCUAUUAUUAGAGCAUCUACAACACACUGGCGAAGUUGUCCUAGCUAGCACUUCACCUGAGGGUCAAACAAUCAUCAAAAACGAAAUGAAAGCAUUGAAAGAAAGUUUCGAUGAUCUCUUCAAUGAAAUUAAACAACAAAAGAGUCAGCUUGAAGAUACUGUCAACCAGUGGCGAGAGUACAAAGAUGAGUACGAAAGAUUAUCUGACUGGCUACAACAAAAAGAAAUUCUUAUCAAGAACCAAAAACUAGCCUUGCUGGGUACCGCCAAGGAGAAGGGUGGACAAGUCAAUGAAGUUAAGGAAAUCGUAGACCAACUGAACAAAGGCAAAGCGGACAUUGACAAGUUCAAUGCUUCUGCUUCUGGUCUCCUAGCUUCACAUUUGGACACCUAUGUCAACAACCAGCUACGUCACCUCAACUCAAGGUACCAAGUUUUGGUCAACAUGGCUAAUGACGUCCUCAAGAAGGUCGAGACCAACUACGAACAACACCAGACUUAUGAUGACAAUUAUGCCAAGACCAAGAAAUGGAUCGACGACGCCUGGGAGAUCACUCGCAGUGGCAGUGAAGCUGGUAGUAACAGCAGCAAGGAAGCCCUGCAGAAACGUCUCGAACAGAUCGAAGACUUGCUUAAGCGCCGUGAAGAAGGCCAGAACUUGGUACACGCCACUGUUAACAGUGGAGAAAAGGUUCUCAGGAAUACACGGUCUGACGGUAAAGACAAGAUUAAUACUGAGCUCAAAGAGCUGCAAAAUGAGUGGGACCGUCUCGUCAAGAAGAUGAGUACUGCUAAGGUUCACCUAGAAACAGCCUUGCUCCAAUGGGCCGACUACAGCUCAAGUUAUUCGCAACUGCAACAAUGGAUAUCCGACAGAGAAGCAAAACUCCAAGAAGUGUGUGAACAAAAAGUCGCCAAAUCUAAAAAGGGCCAGGACCGACUUGCCGGACUCACGACUGGUCUUAGCCUGGGCGAAAGGAAAGCCACACUCCGUCAAACAAACAAUAUUGUGCAAGAUAUCGUUUCGUUUGAACCCAUGAUUCAGUCUGUAACUUCUAAGGCUUCGGAACUUAUGCAACAGGCUCCAGCAUCUGAGAUAACCAGCAAAUAUGAAACUUUAUCUAAGCAAGCCAAAGACUUGUACGAGAAACAGAGAGAAACCGUAGAACAACAUCAAGCUUUCAUCGAUGCUGGCUCAGACUUCGUCCAAUGGAUUCGAGCUGCUAAAGAGAAGCUAGGAAAGUGCUCUGACGCUACCGGUGACAAAGAAUCAUUGAGUAGCAAGAUUUCACAACUAAAAGUAUUAGAAAGCGAGCUGCCUGAAGGUCAAGCGAAGCUGCAGAAAGCUCUGGAAUUGGGCGAGAUAUCUUGCGGCUUAGCUGACCACGAAGACAGAGAAGAAAUUGAAGAAGAAGUAGCUCUAAUGCAAGAAGAGUACGAUACCUACGUGGAACAGCUUAACAACACCAAGGCUCUAAUUGAAGGCGGUAUCGUGAAGUGGACAGAAUAUGAAGAGCAGUACAAGGAAGCCCUAGACUGGUUGUCGAAGACUGAGAAAUUAGUACAAUCCUUUAACAAAUUGCAGAAUAACUUGGAACAAAAGAAAGUCGUUCUUGAGGAGUUCCAGGGACACCUCCAAACGCUAUUUGAUUGGCAAGCUGAGCUGGACAAGCUGAACGUGCGCGCUCAAACUCUACUGGAGACUUGCGCAGACACCAGAAUUUCCAAUGGCAUUACACAGCUCACUACGAAAUACAACGCACUGCUGUCGCUAGCCAAGGAGGUUAUGAAGAGGCUCGAACUUCACUACCAAGAACAUCAACAACACAACGCCUUGUACGGCGAAUGCCAAGACUGGCUUGACAGAACCCGAGAGAAGCUCAACCAAUGUGCUGAAAUACCUAACAACUUACCUGAAGUAAACAGUAAACUUAACACCGUGAAGCUUCUCCGUCAAUCUUUGGAGCAGGGCCAGAACAAACUGCGCUACCUUCUAGAACUGAAAGAGAAGGUGAUCAUGAACACUGAGCAGACAGGAGCUGCUAAGAUCCAGGAAGACACUGAUAACCUGAAACAAGAGUUCGACAAGCUGAUUGCUGAUCUGCAAGACGUCAGGAACAAGUUGACUAACAGAGCUGCGCAGUUUGAUGAUAUCUCUAAGAUCCACAAGCUCCUGGUAGAAUGGUUAGACGAUAUUGACCAGAAGAUUCAGUCAGACGACUCUCUUCUCCAAGACUUAUCGGAGAAGAAGGCCAAGUUGGAGAAGUUUAAGACGUUUAACAGAGACAUUGACUCUCACAACGACCUGGUCAAGAGAUUGAAUGAGAAACUUCGAGAGGAUGCCUCUCUGAAGUCCAAGGACAUUGAAGAUACGUUGCAGAGGUACGAUGACAUCAGGAAGACUGUCAACGAGAUGAUUGCGAAAUUGGAAGAAUACGUGAACUCUCACAUUCAAUACAAAGAGUCGUACGACAGUUUCUAUGACUGGAUCAGGAACUGCAAGAUCGAGAUCCAACAGUGUUCAGACUCCCACGGCGAGAAGGAUUCCGUGCAGAAGAAAUUGCAGAAAGUCAACCAAAUUAUUGAAUCUCUGCCUAAAGGCGAGGCUUUGCUGAAGAAAGCUAUUAGUCUCAGUAAUGCAGUGCUAGAAACUACUGGAAAUGAAGGCAAGGACAACAUCAACCAAGAGAUUAAACAGCUGAAGAUUGAAUGGGAGAACCUGCAACAGAUCUGCAAGGACACGAAGAAGUUGCUGGAGAAAUGCCUAGCAGCGUGGUCCGACUACUUGGAGACGUCGGAGAAGAUGAGCAAGUGGGUGAAGGAGUUUGACAACAAGUUGAAGGCCGUGCAAAAGGUCGACAAGAUUACGCCUGAACAUCUUGAUAAAUGCCGCGAACUCCUGGCUGAAGCCCUAGGACACAAACACGUCUUGGAAGAACUGAAUGAUAGAUGUGAAAACCUUAUGGAACAAAGCGCUUGCGCCUGGGUUCGUGACAAGACAGUCAACCUUCAAACUGAAUACACCACCUUGCUCACCAAGAUUCAAGGUCUAGUUUCAAAUGGUGAGAAGAACUUAUCUGACCACACUGAGUUCAUCAAGGCCAAGGAAGACCUCCAGCAAUGGUUGGAGACAGCUCAUGGCACUGUCCAAGAUUCUAUCGGUGUUGGAGAUAUUGACACCACUAAAGACAAGCUGGAGACAGUCAAACUUGUCAACAACAGAAUGACUGAGGGACAUCACUUACUGGUCGUCUUACAAGAAGCUUUCAAGAAGGCUCUUAACAACACUCCUCCUGAAGAACAAGAUGGUCUCCGCAACGACGUCAAGAUCCUACAAGAAAGCUGGGACCAACUGAAGAUAGACCUCAACUCUAUCACAGCUCAACUUAAAGCCGCUAUCGGUAAAUGGGAGGACUUCGAAGAAUCCAAGAAGAAGAUGGACCAAUGGAUCAAGGAUACCGAACAGAACUUGGACAAGGUCCCUCCUACUGGUGGAGAAUUAGGUGAAAUGAAGACUCUUCUUGAAAAAUACAAGCACAUUGAAGAUGAAAUUGAUAACAAGAAGCCUGAACUUGACAGACUCAAGAGCGAAGCCGCAGAACUUAGCUCAUGGGCAAAGAAACCAGCCAUCAAGGAGUCUGUUACAGAGAUCGAGAAGAAAUGCAAUGCUUUACGUGCCAAGUGUGCAGCCAAGAAGGCUGAUCUUGAAUCCGAGAUCAAGGACUACAACAACUACCACCAGUCUCUACAAGACACAGAGAAAUGGUUGCUGCAGAUCUCUUUCCAGCUUAUGGCACACAAUUCCUUGUACAUCUCCAACAGGGAGCAGACUGAAGAACAGCUAGCCCAACACGCGGUUCUUCUUGAUGACAUUCAGAAGUACAGGUCGACGUUGGACGAGUUGGAAGGUAAAGGACAGGCUCAGAUCGAACGCUAUGAAGCCACGACUCCUUCCAUUCGUGAGACUGUUGGCAAACAACUGAAGAAUGUCAACGACAGCCACAAGAGCUUGUUGGCCACCGCCCUGCAGAUUGAACGUCGUCUCAGGGAAGGUCUUGCCAAGUUCAAGGAGUAUGAAGACACGCUGGAGAGCAUCCUGAACAACUUGGAUGAGAUGGAGCCCGCGAUUACUGAGCUUGAUGUGCCAGUUGAUGGACUUUCACAUGGACGUGAACUUCUGGAUAAAGCUAGGGGUCUCCACAACCGCUUACAAACGGAGAAGAGUCGCCUAUCAGCGGCGGUAGCAGCGUGCUCCGCGGCUGCAGCGUCAGUGUCCCGUCCGUCGUCCCCGGCCGACUCGGCCCCGCUGCCCAUCCCGCCGAGGGAACUCCAAGUGCGGGCUCGCCUCGAGGACCUCAUCGACCAGAAACAUGUGACUGAAGUACAGAGCGCGCCACGCAUUGAGCAUAUACUAAAGACGCUUGAGGCGCCCGAGUUCAGUCAAAAGCUUACGACUUUCGAAAGCAAGGUACAAAGUCAUUUGGAAGAGUUAGGAGAUGCUGUCCAUGGAAUGGAAGAAGCCAUGAAACAGGUCCUUGAGAUCCAAGAAUGGAUCGCAGUCCAUACUGCUCUGGCCCGUGACUGGCUUGCUAACCCAUCCAAACUCAGGCCUGAAGCUGCUAAGCAGGACAUGGCUGCGAUGAAUGACGCUCUUGCUUCUCUUAGCGAGAAGAGAAACAGACUGCUCACUGAGAUUCCUACUGAAGGUCUUGAAGACGAAAUAAAUCUGGAAGAAGAGCUAGAUAACCUAGAACAAGCUAUACUCAAGGCUAUUGAGAGAGAAAAGGGUAACCAAGCAAUCAUCGAUGCUUUCCGCAACAAAUGCCAAGAAAUCCACGACUUCUUCGACUCUACUCUCAAGAAGAUGUGUCUGGCUGACAAGGGCUCUGGUCUCCCUUGCCCUCAGAAACUCAGUGCACUCAAAGAACUGUCCUCAGAAUUCGGACAGGCUGGCAAAGACAAGGUUGACAGCAUCAAAUCUGUUGGAUCCCAAGUUAUCAACAUUGUUAGCAACUUGGAAUCUCAACAAGUAGAAGAACAAAUGAAAUCAGUGGAACGAAGAUACAAUGACAUCGCCAAACGUAUCCAGCGCAAAUUGCAAAUGCUUGAAAUCACCUACAAGGCCAUCGAUGGUACCAAGAGUGAGGUCAACGCGCAGAACGAAUGGAUGCAGAAGGAAAUCGACAACAUCCUCCAUCCUGAACCUCUCGGCUACGAGAGCAAGUCUGUCAAGGAACGUCAAAAGAAGGUUGCCAACCUUCUUAAAGAAACUGACGGUAAAAAGACAGUCAUCGACUCAUUGGAGAAGAAGGUAAGCAACAUCCAAGCUGAAUUAGAGCCUUCUGAACAGAUGCAAUUGGAGUCUGAAUUAUCUGAACUGUCUUCCAAACAAAAGCAAUUGGCUUCACUUAUUAAACAAGAGAUUGAAAGGUUAGGCACUUGCGCUGAGGACAGGAAGAAGCUCGAGAACGAUAUUGAGAAGGCUAAGAACUGGCUCAAAGCCAAGCUCGCUGAAAUUAAGAAACUUGGCGGCCCAGUACCUCUGGAAGCUGCUAAGGUUGAAAAGGAGAUUGCCAUCCACAAGAAGCACCAAAGUGAGCUCUCUGACUUCCACAAUGACACUCUGACCGAAGUGAUGCGUCAGGGCAAUGCUGUAUCUAAGGAUUGUUCUCCUGAAGACAGAGCUAAGCUACAAGCUAUUCUUGAAGACCUCAACAAGUCGUACACCUCAGCAAAGGUCGACAUUGAUGAUAAACUAGCAGCACUCAACAAACGUUUACAAGGCAGGAACGAAUUCGAGGCUGAAGUCGCUAAGUGCCAGAGCUGGUUGAACGAGGCUGAGGUAGCUGCCACUCCUGAACUACGUACUACAAGCCUCCAACUCUUGGAAGAACAGCUUGCCAAGUUCGAAAAACUUAGCAAAGAAGCCGAUGACGUUGAAAAGAAUAUCGGCAAGAUUAAGGACAAAUCUAAAGACAUCAUGGACUCCUUGUCGGAUUCUAACAAACUGCAACUGAAAGAACAAGUCAACGUUCUGUCUGACAGAUUCGCAAGAAUAAAAGCCAUUAUCAAUGACAAGAAGGGCAUUCUUCUCAAGCACAUCAAGGAAUACAAGGAUGCUGCAGCCAAGAUCGCCGCUGCCCUUGAAUUCUUGAAUGAAAUCCAAAACAAAUUGAAGGCUCUGAACAAACCUAUUGGCAGCAAGGUUGAGGAUGUCCAACCUAUCAUUCAAGCAUAUGAAUCUAUCUUAUCUGAUCUGAAGAAGAACAAGGCUAUGCUUAAUGAACUACAAGGCGGCAACUUACACGACCUUCAAGAUAUACUGACUCAGCAAGAUGAUCUGAUGAGCACUAUUGAAGACCAAAUAUCGAAACUGAAGCAACUUUUGCUUUUGCGAGAACAAUUCUUCGCUUUAGUAAAAGAGAUCGAAGAGUUCAUUUCCAAAUACACUGACCUCACUUCAGAAAUUGAGAAAUCCAAUGACUCUUUGGAAGACAAGAUUAAGCGUUACGAUGACAUAAUUGUCAAGAUUCAAGGAUGUGAAGCUUUACUUGCUACCGCAACCGACAAAGGUCAACAGAUCGCGGCUGAAGGCACCGUCAUCGAUAGGAAUAACAUCACUGAGUUGUUGCAGUCUUUGAAACAACAGCUACUGACUUUGAGAAGAACCGUAGAAGCCAAGCGUCAAGAACACGAGAGAGCCGCGGCGGAACACAAGAAACUCGGCUCUGAUCUAUCAGAGAUUCUUCAAUGGCUUCAUGACAACGAAGCCGCAGUACAUUCACGACCACUUCUCAAUAGGGAUGUUGCCAGUGUCGACAAGAAACUCACAGAACAUGCAACUCUAGUCAAAAACAUUCAGUCGUACUUGGACAAAUUGGCUAAAAUCACUGAUAUCAUCAAGAAUGACGAUGGUGUACCAAGCACGCUACUGGAAAUGAUGUCUGAAGGCAACUCUCUGAAGACAUCCUUACCAGAAGAACUGGCGAACAGAGAAAGGUACUUGCAAGACAAUAAGAAAUACAGGCAACAAUACCUCCAACUUGUGGAGAAGCUGAACAUCUGGGUGAACGAAGCGACCAUUCGCCUUGAUAUGGGCAAGAACGGAACAGAUUUCGAGAACAUCGAAUCCGAUUUAGAAGAACACAAAUCUUUCUUCAAUACAUCUGAGCCAUCAAUGAAGGAUCUUGUCGGAAAGCGCAUGCAAGACAUUGUUGACAAGAUCUGGCCAUCGCUGGCAGCGUCUGAACAAGAUGAGCUGUCGAAGGACCACCAGAAACACAACCAACUUUUGAAGAACACCCUCAACUCUGCGAAGUCUCGUCAAGCACAAUUAGAGCAAGAUUUGGAGAUCUGGAAAGACUUCUGUCAGCUUGUGGACAAGAUCAAAGCAAUUUUGGACAAGAACGACAUUCAAGAUGAGCCUGUGACGUCAGUGGACUCGCUUAGACUGCAUCUUGAGAAGCUGAAACACGCCAAGAAUGACCUUGAGAAUCAGCAGCCGCUCUUGGACGUUGUCCGGGAGCGGGCUCGCGAGCUCUGCUCCGGAGCUGAUGCUGCAAGCGGAGAGAGGGUCGAGCAAAGGACCAGGGAGCUCGCUGACAGCUGGAAUGUCGCCUGUGAAGGUCUAGCCAAGCGCGCAGCUGUAGCCGACCAGCAGCUACAUCGCUGGAACCAACUCCUGGACGUCCAGAGGAGUUUGGGCGCUGCCAUCACAGCCGCAUCAGACCGGCUGAGGCAGCUCGAUGCCAACCCCAGCACCAGGCGACGAGCUCUUGACAUCAGGCAUGCUCUACAGGAACUGCAAAGCGAAGUCUCAAGCUUGGAGGACAGUAGAGACGAGCUGCUGGAACACGCUGAGUUCGUAGUGAACAUCCUCAAGCCUCACUCCAAGGACGCUGCCAAUGACACGGAGAAGAAUGUCAAGGACCUCGUAGAAGCUUAUGAGAAAUUGCGACAGACUCUUGCGGCGCGGCUCGCGGAGAUCGACGACAUCGUGUCCGAAUUCGACCGCGUGUCGGAGAGAAUCGACGAGUUCCGACAGCAAAUAGAAGUGUUGACAGCGAAAGUAAGGACUUUCUACGUGUUCGGCGAGGACGAGGCUGACAGUGUGCGCGCGCUCACCAACGAAGUUUCCGACUUGGUGGAGCGCACGAAGAACUUCACCGAGGAGAGCCGGAAGAGAUACGGAGGCUCGGCCCCGGCGGACGUCGCGCAGGAGCUGUCCUCCCUAGAAUUAUCGUCUGAGGCAUUGGCAGCAGCUAUGGAAGAGAAGGAAAGGGAAUGGAAACGUGCGCGCACGGCUCGCUCUGAGUACGCGACCGACGUGGAAGAUGUGCAGGCGUGGGUGCGCGCUGCGGAGCUCACAGCUAGGGACCGCACCCUGGCACCCGAGCCCUACAGGGAGCGCCUGGUGGCCACCAGGGCUGAAGUGCCAAACGUUGCCGAUCGUGUUGAGCGGUUGACACGCAAUGCACGAGCGAUUGUCGAAGGCAGCCGCGAUGCUGGUGAACGGCAGCUGGUGCAGUCCACGGUGUCGGCGCUGUCGGACCAGUUCUCGGCGGUGUGCAGUGAGCUGGAAGCUCGGCAGGCUGCGGUGGAAGACGCCUGCGAUGCUGUUGCACGUUUCCUCACAUUACUUGAGAAAGUCUUACUUUGGGUUGAGACACAACGUGCAUUCCUUGCGCGGCCACUCCCAUUGGCCGACUUGCAGGAGGCGCAACAGAAACAGACUGAAUAUGGGAACGCGCUCAAGAGCUGUAAACAGCAGGCCAAGAAUUUAGCGGAUAUGGCUAAGGAGAUAGAGGCAAUUGAACGGGUUACAAGCCCAGGAGACUUGCCGUCUAGGCUAGAAGCAGCAGAGAAUGCGACCGUAGACGUUGAGAAGCGAUUAGCGAAGACAAACGGUCUACUACAGGAACUAGCAGAGGAAUGGGAGCGAUGCGAAAGAAAGUUAAAAGAUGUCGGGCACUGGCUCGAAGCGACAUCGAGGACUCUAGAAACACCUCAAAAUGCUAAAAAGCCUCUCAGAGAUCGUCUCGCUCUGAGGGAAAAGUUGAUAAAUGAUAUAUCCACGCAAAAGACGAAGAUCUCAUAUGCAGUGGAAAAACUCAACGUACACUUUGGACCGGACGGCGUAGCAGCGCAAUCAGUGGGGCCCGAGGGAGUGGAGGCUGCGGCGCGGUCGCUGGUGGCGUCGCUGGACGCGCUGGCCACGCAGACCGGCGCGCAGGCCACGGCCCUGGCGCGCGCGCUGGCGCAGGUGGAGGCGUACUGCGCCGACGUGGGGCGCCUGCGCGCGCAGCUGCUGCAGGCCGAGCAGCAGCUGCGGCAGGCGGCGCAGCCCAACUACAGCCCGCGCGAGCCCGAGCGCGCCUCCCGCCAUCAACAGGAUGUCGCCCGGCGAAUCGAAGAGCUGACCGGAGCGAUCUACGCGCUGGACCCGUACUUCGUGAUGCCAGCGACAGACGAGCACGCCGCCACUCUGUCCAUGCUCGUGACGAGCGCGACGCACGCGCGCAACAACAGGCGCGCGCGCUCGCCCGAGCGGCGAGAGCGCGCGCGCCUGGCCCCGCCCGCGCCCGCCGCCCGGGCCCGCUCGCCGUGCUGGGCGCCGGGCGGCGCCACCUACGCCGAGAUAGUCAAGGGCUCCGGCUCCCGCUCUAGCUCCCGCGGCUCCCGCGCACCCGACGACCACGACCCACCCCGCGCCUCGCCCUCCCCGCCCGAACCGGCCGACGUCGGGAGCGAUCCCGUGGAAGUGCUCGUGGAACCGUGUGUGCUCAGUGAGAGAGUCGAUGAACAAGUGUCGCGCAGUGACACCCGUGUUAGCGAGUCUAUCAGUGUCAGUGAGCCUUAUGGCGGUGACGUGAUUGUUUACUAUGAUGACUUUGCCUCGCGUACGGAACCGGAACCGGUUCCCGAAUACUACGCAGAACCUCCAAUGGAGUACCGAGAAAUGCCCAUUGAUGUGCCGGCAACCAUGUAUCAGGAAUCACCAGAACCACUGAGAAAAUUACCUGAUCAACCAAUGAGGGAAAUACAACCCAUUGAAUCAGAAAGAGAUUCUAGCCCCACACCAAAACAUCGCUCGCACGAGUUAUCGUAUGCGGAAAUAUUAGCACUCGGUUUACGUAAACAACCGCGUACUCACAGCGUUACUUCAUUACCGAAACCACAAGUAGCACAGGUAGAGCUGGUCAAGGAGAUCGUAGUAGAAUGCGUUGAAAGAUCUCCACCGAUUCAGCAAUAUGAAUCGAAAGUUGAGAAGAUUGAACCGCCGAGGUUCAAACCCGAUAGACCCGAAAGACCGGAAAAAACAAAUAGAUUGGAUAGGCCUGAUCGGCCCGAACGACCGGCUCCUAGAAGUAGGUCAAGGGACAUGCCAAGACAGAGGCGAGGCCCAGAAAAGAGGCCUACGAAGGCUCAUGACAUUCAGGCUUUGAAAAAGAAAAAGACAAUGAAAAAGGUUAUUGAAGUCGAAAACUUUGAUGAACCCGAGCAACCGAUUGAAGUGGAACUGACACCCAUCAGUGACACUACAAUUAAACAUGUGACAUCGGAGUCAACUGUAGAGACAGUUUACAAAGAGGUCACUAAAAAAUUACAACACAGUGCUACAGUCGUAGAGACUGUUACUGAAAUGGUAGCAGAAGACUCACAACCUGAAACUUCUGCAGAAGAAGUUGAACACAAAAAACCUAAAAAGAAGCAAAAGCCUAAAAAACCUAAAUCACCCGAAGAUGAAAUUCAGAAAGCUCUUAAGGAAAUCGAAGAGCUAGAAAGAAACAAGAAGAAAAAGGCAAGGGAGCCUCGUGAUAAGAGUAGAGAUAGCCUUACUGAAAUUAUAUCAGUUGAAGCUCCAAAAGAGCCGAUUACUGUUGAAUUUAAAAAGAUAAAUAUUAAAGAAUCGGACACCCAAGUUAAGUCUAAGAAAAAGAAAGGUCACAAAGAAUCUCCGGACAAAACCUCUGAUGUUACUGCUGAGUUUAUUACUGUAGAGGCUACUGCUCCAGUUGAAGUAACAACCAAGGAAAUUAAGCCGAAGAAAAAGAAGAGUCAAAAGCAAGCCUCUUUAGAGAAAUCAGAACCAAGUUCUAUUGACAGCUCAACUGAGGCCCAACAUUCUAUUAGCACUGGAGAAUCUAUACAAAAACCAAUUGAAACGAAAUCUGAUUCAGAUUCACUUUCAAUUGUAGAAGUUGUCGCUCAACCGGAAAUAACUACAUCUAAACAACUAACUAGCUCGGUAGAUGAAUCUACCAAAGAGCAAGUUAUUGAGACUGGGGACGAAAUGCAUAGGGAAAGUUCUGUAGAAGUUACUACUACCGUAACUUCCAGUGUUACACAUCACAUUAUAAACCAAACUGAGUCUGUGACCAUUACUAGCACAGAAAAUAUCGUCAGCGAAAGCAGUCCUAGUGAGGUCGUUACAACUGAAUAUGUAACAUCACAGCCUGCUUUUGAAACAAACGUUCAAGAACAGAUUUCAGAUAACAUCGAAAUACUUGCUAAAGUUUCUGAGACAGUUUCUCUCGUUACUGAAACAGCUGAAACUCAAGAGAAAUACAACACUGAAGUAACGACAUCUGAAAUCAAAGAGUCCGAACCAUCGUCCGUCCAAGAUCAGACUUCAAAACAAGAAGAUCAAGGCAAUAAAAAGGCGUCUAAAAAUAAAAAGAAAGCUCAAAAGAGUAAACAAAAACAUGAAGUAGAUAUUAGUUCAGAAUUUAUCACCAAAGAGUCUGAACAGGUACAAGAAGAGCAGAAACCAGUACCUACAAUUGAAGAAACACCUGAACAACUCGCAAAAGAAGACGUUCUGUCUUCCGGACAAACAGUACAAGAGUUACCCGAGCCAUUACCUACGGAAGCAGAAAAACUUGUCAUAUUAGAAGAAAUAGAAACUGUUUUGUCAGAAAAGCAAACUGCAUCAGAACACCAGGUGUCAGAAGUAAUUCAGACACUGCAACAGAACCAAGCUGCUGAGAUUGAAACUGUGCAAGUUGAACAAGAGGAACAAACACAACCAUCUGAGGAAAAGAUCAAAGUGGAUGAACAUUCAUCCAAAAGUAAAAAGAAGAAGAAACAAAAGAAACACGAAAAGACUCCAGAACCUGUAGUAUUAGAGGCUAAAGAGAGCGUAGUGCUUGUUGAAGAAAACGUUAACAUUACGCCCAUAGAACCUCAUGUACAAGAAAUACCAAACAUUGUAGAACAAGUUGAAGAACAAAAACCACAGAAGAAAAAGAAGUCUAAGAAAGGAAAACAUACGGAAGUCAAAGAAGAUAUAAUUGAAACGACAGUGGUUGAACGUAAAGAAACUGAGCUACCAAUAGAAACAGUUGAAGCCAGUCCAAAAGAAAUUGAAGAACCACAGCCUCAAGAAGACAGUAAACGUAAAAAGAAAUCUAAAUCGAAGUCUAAACCUGUCGAGCAAGAACCAAAGUUGGAAGCUAAAGAAAUAGUUGAUGUUAAAGAAACAGUCGAAGUUAAACUACCUUCUCCUGAACCAUCUAUGGAAGAUGUAAAGGUUGAAGAACCUGCUUUUGAGGAAGUCAAGUCCCACAAAAAGAGGAAAUCUAAAAAACAAAAGAUUGAAGAUGAUGAUAUAGAAAAAGCUCUAAAGGAGAUUGAACGUACUGAAGGUUCUAAAAAGAAACCCAAGGAAAGAACUCCUAAACCUAAAGGCAAGCCUGAUCAUUCAAAACCAACAGAAUCAAAACUUGUUAAACAAGAAAUGCAAGAAUCUAAAGUUGUUGAGCAAGAAACACAUACGGAUGUCUCCACGAAGCAGGUCGUUUACGAUACAUCACCCGAAGAAGAUACAGAAAAUAUUCAACCAAUCGAACAUAUUGAUUGGAAUGCCAUGUUAGAAGAAGAAGAAGAAAGUUUAACUGAAAUACCUUUUGAAUCCAUUAAACAAGAAUCGAAAUCAACUACUAUUGAAUCUUCGUACAUUGCUAACCAAGUAACGAUUCUACAAGAAACAACUAACUUACUGGAAAGCGAGCGUACUGUUACUAAACUUGAAUCUUCGGUAGAACAAUCUGCUGUACCUGGGAAAUCAUCUGAAAGAGUCGAAGAGGAAAAAAUUAUCAAAGAGGUACAACAGAAGCAAACAGAGCCUAUUUCAAGUCCUGCUAGCGAGCAGAAUAAUAAUGACAAGUUCUUCUCAACUGAUGUCAUAAAAGAAGGGUCAUACAAUAUCGUUGAAGAGGUAACUCGCUACGAGCCUAUAACUCAAGAUGUUGAAACCCGUACUAUUUAUCUAAUAACGCACGAAGAGAAGAAACUGCCUCCUAUCAGGACUGUAAAAGUAUUUAGGAGUAAGAGUAACUCAUUAGAAGAACCUCAAUCUACUGAAGAUGACGUAGUUUUAAGUGAACAAACGAUUAACAAAAUCACUGAUGAUAAGUCUUCCAUUAAUGUUAGUGAUGUUUUAGAGGGUAAGGUUGUAACAGAGAAAGUAAGUUCAGAAAGUGACACUGCGAAAAUCGAUGUUACUAAAAUUGAAUCAAUACCAGAAGUUGAGAAAGAACAUGUCAUUGAGAAUGUAACUUCUGAAAGUUCUGUACUGACUACGCAUACGCAAGUUGUUACUAAUAUAGUCACCGAAGUGACUAAUGUACAGAACCAAGAACUUAAUACGAAAGAAAUUGAGGUUACAACCCAAAAAUCUGCGUCUUCAGAUCAAGUAUCUGAGAAAAUUGGUGAAAUUCAGGAACAGGUUCCAAGCCAAAUUGAACUUAUCCCAGACAACGAACCUGUUCCAGAUAAAACUGGCAAACCACUGUCUGAGGAAGAUUUCACGGAAAUAGUCGAACAAGCCAUUUUCGGUUCAGUACAAGAUCGUAACCGAACAACUGAGAAGAAAUCCAAGGAAUCUUCGAAUAUUCCAUAUCAGGAGUUGGUAAACGAAGUGAAGACAUAUUCGGAGAAUCUGGAUACUUAUCAAUUGGACUAUGAUUACUCUCAAUUAAUACUAAGCCAGCGAGAGUCUCAAGUCUCUCAGGGAGAAGAAUCUUUAACAGUACAGGAAGAAACGACAAUUAAACCUGUAACAGAACCAGAAGCAGAAAAGGUUUCUCCAGCCGGAGAAAUAUUGUCAGCAGUAACUGCUCAAGAAAUUACGGAUACUGAUAUAGUAUCAGCGGUAGGAGGCUCUGAGAAUGUUGUCUCGGUAGUUGAAUCACCAACAGCGGAAAAAUCGGCAGACAAACUUGAAGAACUUAUUUCGCAAAAUACUUUCACUACGGAAAUAUCUACAAAAACUGAAAUUCAGCACACCGUUGAUUUUAUUACUUCAGAGAGUUCUGUAAUUAAGCCCGUUGAUCAAGUAGAUGCUACAGCUUUCAAUACUGCGACAAAUAUUGAAAUACCUUCGGAGCUACAAGUAGAGGAGCCUGAAUUCCUUGAAACAGAAAGUAAACAGAAGUCUAUUGAAGCGUCUGAACCUAAACUUGUAUCUUCAGUUAAUGAAGAAGAGCCUAGAAUUAGUUACCAUGAAAUUAAGGAUGCUGAAGCUAUUUUAGCGGCACAGGUAUCUAAGGAUAAAACUGAAACUAGAACAGAUGCUCUAAAAGAAACAGUUUCUUCUUCGCGUGUCUCAGAAACUGUUUCAAAAUCUGAAGAUACAAGUGUUGUUCAAGACAUUUCAGUAGAAAUUCAAAAAGAUUUAAUAACGAAGGAAGGAAUCAAGGAGGACAGAGUGUCUCCAGUCAAGGAGGAGGCUCCCAGAGUAAGCUAUCAGGAUAUUAAGGAUGCUGAAAUUAUUUUAGCAUCACAGUCAAUACCGAAGGAAGAAUCAAAUUCUUCGAACAUUGUUCAGACAUCGGAAGUAGUCAAUGUUGAGGAUGAUAUGCUUAAAACUCUUAAUAAGACGAUUACAACGGUUAAAACAGUCACUGAGCAAACUGUCGAUUUAAUUUCCACUGAAAAAGUGGUUCUGGAACCGACAGAUAAUACAAAGCCUACAGCUACUGAAACAAAGGAAGUUACUGUGGUGGAUAAUAAACCUUUAACAAAAGAACGACCAUUGUCGUAUGAAGAGGCACCUCGGCAUAGCUACCAUGAGAUUAUUGAUGCGGAACGACGUCUUGCUCUGAUAGUUAAACAACCAGAUGACAUUCAACAAGACAUUGAAGAUGUCGUUGAAGAUAAACCUGUCGGGCAAGAGGCCGAGUCUGCUCAAGUAAAAGAAACCGACAAAAAAGUCAAACCAGAUUCGCCUGUGGUUGAAGCAUCAAAAGAUAUAGUAUCACCGACUGCAGCCGAAGUGCCAAAAGUAAAUUAUCAAGAAAUAGCUGAUGCAGAAAAGCAUUUGGCUACAGCGGUCGUAACAAUCGAAAAAACUGAAGAAAAGAUUGAAGUCGAUGUUCAAAGUAGUACAUCAGCUGCAACAAGCAGUAUACCCGAACCAUUGACAUUCGAAGCGCCACGGGUUAGUUAUCAUGAGAUUUCUGAUGCAGAAAACCGUCUGGCGACAAUUAUAUCCAGGAACGCAUCUAAAGAAUCCUCUCCAGUAAAUACAACAGAAGAUAUACCUGUGACUAGUAGACAAGUAGAAGAAACACCAGAGCCUAUAGCAGAUGUAGCUGUUGUUGCUGUACCCACAGAAACGCAGCAAAAGAUAACGAACCACGUUCCUCAUAAUGAUAUUUCUAUUAAUGCCGAUGAAAUAGAACCAAUAAUCGAAAAUGUUCCUCAAUUAGUACCAGAGCCUGAACCAAUAAGACAACCCAUUUACGAAGUGCCAAGGUUCAGUUAUCACGAAAUUAAUGAUGCUGAAAAUGUAUUUGCUUCUUCACGAGUUUCUGUUGAAGAAGUUGAAGUUCCAGCUGAAGUGGCUGAUACAACUGCAACAGAAACAGAUACAAUAACAACAGAAACUAAUAUUGUAGUAACAGAAACUGUGACAAGUAACCUUUUGGAGUCUACAACUCCGGCCAGUGAUGAAGUCAAAGAAAUAACAAAACCAGCAGAGGUCGAAACUGUAUUUGAGCCUUUGCGUCACAGUUAUCACGAAAUUCAAGAUGCUGAACGUGUACUAGCGUCUGUGAAAGUUGACGAAGUACCUCAAACAUCUGUAGAGGAAGCUAAAUCAGUUGACGAACAACUGCCCAAGGAUUCUUCUGAGCGUGUAGAAGAAAUGUUACUUCAAGUUGACAAUCAACCUAAACCUAAAACUGACAAAGAACAUACUAUCGACUUCCUUACGAAUGAAAGUAUCGUAUCAGAACCUGUACCAAAUAUUGUUACUCCUCUCGAGAAACCUUCAGCGCUUCAAAAGGCUCACUUGGAAAAUAUCGCACUGUCGUUUGAAGUCGACGACCUUAGCAAUACACCUAUACCAGUAGUAUAUGGAAGUGCGGGUACCGCAACACCAACCCAGGAAAUUAAAAGUCCUGUCUUUAAGACUGAAGAUAUGGUCCCUGAAUCCCCAGACGUCCCACAAACCCCAGAUAAUGUUGAAACAACUAAAGUUGAAGAACCCACACCAACUCAAGAUGAACCAUCCGUUGAAGACGACACUUUUGAAAUCAUUGAGCACAGUGAAGUCACAAACAUUGUUACCGAUGUAAAAGAUACUGAGCCUGAGGAAAUAAAACUACAGCAGCCUGAUGAAUCUUCCAAGAUUAUGGAAACAGAAACCGUUGUUGUACAAAGUGUCACUGAAACUGCUUCAAUUGAACAAGACUCUUCUUCAGAGCAACCACGAUCUAUAACUCCUAAGACCAGUGAUGAUCAUGUUGUAGUCCAAAAUCUUAUCGAAGAAGCUCUGCAAGAACCUGAAUCAACGGCUGUUACUAGAACAAAACCAGCUUAUGAAACUUUCGUCAUUGAUGAUCUCAAUGAAAGUCUUGUGCCUGUGGUAUUCGGUGAUAUUAAAGACAUUGAGCGUUCUAUAAAAUACAGGAAAGAAGAACUUUUACUUCAAACUGAACCUUUGGAACCUGUUCAACCAACUCAAUCUGAAGAAGAAAUAGUUGCCACAUCUGACGAACAAGUGUUAGGACGGUCACCUUCCCCCAUUGAUGAUAUCGAAAUCGUUGAAACAGAAGGUUUUACCAUUCCUCAUCCUAGUGAAUAUGUUGAGUUAGCUCCCUCGACUGUUUUAGAGCUCGAUACUAAGCCUGACACUAUCUCGGCGGAUACACAAAGUGAAGUUUUCGAUUCGGCUAUAAACUUACCUGAGUCACAAAUUGUUAAACAAUUCGACAUGGAUACGCAUAUAACAUCUACGGACUAUCAAACGGAACAUAUAGUUUCAACUGAUAUUAGGGAAACACAAUUAACCCAAACCGAAACUGUUAGUCGUGUAGAAAAAUCUCCUAUACAUAGCCUGCAUGACCUCCUUCCUGAAAUUGACUCCAUCCCUGAAUUCAAACCCUCUUAUUCGAACACUGUAUUGUAUUCAAAAUUAUCGGCUGAUGCACCCGAGUUUACACCCUCUUAUAUGUAUCAGACUGUAACUACUGUGUCUGAGAGUAGAUCUGAUGUAGUAGGAGAUGCACCUGCACCUAUUACUGUGGAAGAAGAAGCUACACAUAUUGUAACUGAGGAAACACCGUUUGUACCACAAAUUUCCUAUUCUUCGGUUUUACAAACUAAGAAAGAAAAGACUGAAGUUGGACCACAAACGCCACCGUCUCCAGUUGAAAAAAUAGUGGUACCUGACGUACCUACAGAUGAAGUACAGGAAGAACAUGUUGAAACCAAAACUAAGAAAACUAAAAAGAAGAAAAAGAAGGAUAGAGAUGAAAAGAAAGAGUCUAAGCCGGCUGAAACUGUACCCUUACCUGCUCCUUCCCAUGUACCAGAAAGGGCUGCAGUAUUACCGGAACCUGUUAAUGUGUGGGCCAAAGCUGCUGAAGAGGGUAAAUCGUAUGCCGAUGUGCUGGCUGAAGGCUUAAUCCAUGAACAAAGAGAAUUUAUACAGCUAGUUCCAGAGAAGCCAAAAGAAAGAGAACUGUCUCAACCAAGAAUAGAAAAAAUACAACAUGAUGUUGAGAAAAUCGUGAAACCUACUACACUACCUACCCAAGAAAUAAAAGAUACUGUUGAGAUAAAAGAGGUAGUUUCAGAGUAUGAACAAAGUAUUGGCUCUUGGGCUAAGAUAGUGGCAAAACGAUCAUCGCCGGAAAGAAUACAAAAAGAAGAGGAACCACAUGUCACACCUACUCACGUUCCUACUAAAGCUCCAAUGAUUCUUGUAGAUGAAUCAGAAAGUGAUCAUCACAAACCUGAAGUAGAAGUAGAUGCUGAAGGAUUUAUCACAGUAGACAGAAGUAGACGAUCCAGAUCUAAGUCAAGAGAAGCACGCUCGCGAUCAGGUGUAUCACAAAAUCGUGAAGUACGUGAAAAAUCAGAAAACAGAUUUGAAGCCCUAACUACGACUCUUAAGCCUGAUGAUGUAGAAUCCACCCAGAGUCCUUCAGAAGACGAAAAACCAGCAAAGAAACCAAGUAGAAAGAGCCGUAGCUCUAAGUCCAGAGAUAAAGAAAUUAAACCAAAAGCCACUGUAGUAGCUCCAAGCACGUCCGAUGAAGAUAAACAACCGCCAAAGAAAGACAAAAAGAAGCGUUCAUCUAAAUCAAAGGAUAAAGUGGUCCCUGUGGAAGUCAGCCAGCCAGUGGAAGAGAAAUUGAAGCCUGAGAUUAUGGAGGUCUCAGAACCACUGAAAGAAGAAGAGAAGGAUGAUGAAUGCGUAACCACAACAUCAGCGCAGUCAGAACCUAAAAAGAAACACAAAAAGAAGAAGAAGGAAAUGAAGCCUGUAGAAGUUUCAGAAACUACCGAGGCUUCCUCUCCCUUAGAAGUUACUUCUUCAGAACAAGAGGUGGUGUUAGAUCCUACAUCAAUCACAAAACCUCGCCAAAAGAAGAUGGAUACUCCCGUAUCCACACCUGAGUCGGUUCAAACUCCAAUCAAAGAUAGAGUAUUCUCUGAAGCGCAGUUCUGGAAAAUGGAUCCUAGUAAUUUGGAUGUAUCUGAAAUAAUAUCAGUGGAAAUACAACAUACACCGACAGAAACAUAUAAGAUUGAGAUAAAAGAAAAUGUUCCAACUGAAAAAUCAACAACUAAACCUGAAGAACCAAAGAAACCUGAGAAUGUUGAACAUGUCCACUCCUCAGCUAAAUUUAUAACUGAAGAAAUAACAUCUAUUGAAAGUCAGGAACAGGAACUUGAGGAUACAAUUGCUGAAGAUCAAUCACUUGAAAGUAAAAUGGCUGAUCUGCAACGGGAAAUUGAGGAAAUGUUGUUGCCUGAAAAUGACUCAUCAUUAAUUAGUGAUGAUUCCCCUAAAGAACUAACAGACACUCAAACUUCUAUGGAUUAUCAAUACGAUGAGUUAUUGGAUAAUAUGACUCCAUCUUUGGCUAGCCCGGAACUAGACGUAGAACCAAAAUCAAUCGAAGAAUCUACACUUGAAACAACAGCAGAAGAUAAGACCACUAAACAUGAUGAGGAUCUUGAUGAUAAACAUAUUAGCAUGAGCAUGAUUGACUCAGUUUUGGAUGAUACCGAACCUUUGUCUAUAACGGAAACUCACUCGUUGGAACACUCGGAAGGUUUGUUAGUAACUCAAGAAGAAGACACUCCCAGAGAUUCUAGUAAACUGGAUACAUCAGUUACGACCGUCACUACCCCAGAACAAGUAAAGGUUGUACCCAAAGACGUUUUAGAAGCUAUGAUUAAAGAAACAAUGGCAAAACAGGAAACUACAACAUCUACUGUUGUCGAAACCACAACUACUGUUACUAAAUCUGAUGUGAAACAAGAUAAACCAACUGCACCUGCAAGUGAGCCAACUAAACCAAUUCAGGAAGAAAUUGCGUUCACACCUGUGUUAGAAAAUACUGGAGAAGUAAGCAAGCUGCAACAGGUGACCACAUUUAUUGAUACUGAGAGGAAGGUUCAACAACCAGAAGUGACAGAAAAGAAAGAGACUAUUAAAGACUCCGUUACAUCAUUUAUUCAAGUGGAAAAAUCACAGAGAGAAAUUACAACAACGGAUGUGAAAAAACCUGAACUUAAAAAAGAAGAUUUACAAUCUACUGCAACAGAUCAAAACAUCACUGCACAGAAAAAUAUUUCAGCCGAUUCUGUAUCUGAUGUCCCUCUAUCUAACUCUGAUACCAUUACUAACACAAUCACAAACCUCAAAACGGAUACUUUCUGGACGGACAAACACAAAAUUGAUGAUGCGGAAUUACUACUAAUAGAACGUCAAUCUGUUGAAAGAACAAUUGUACCUGUAGACACUGACGAACCACACGUUGACGAAGGCAUCAGCGUCGAGGACAAUAUUAUCAUUGAUAACACUUUCUGGCCUGAAAAACACUUGUACCACGACGCUGAGUGCCAAUACUUCCUUUCAUUGGCUCAAAAAGCUAAAACACCCACUAACGAUACCACAGAAAUCAAAAUCACUGACCAAAAUGAUAAAGAUAGAGAUCAGGGCGGUAGUUCUGGUCACUCUUCUGAAGGUGAAGAACCAAAAGACCCCUCUGGUUCACCUUACGACCCCGACUACAUAUCCAUGGAUCUACCCGGUGGCAUUUGUAGUUGGAAAGACAAAUCGUCGUACCUUAGCGUCGAAACACCUGUUGUUGAUGACGUUGUGAACGAGCCUGUAUCUAGGGAGGAUAUACUAACCACCCUACCUAUAGCACCAGCCCCAUCCUCAUCCACACAGGAGCCGGAGGAGACACCCCAGAGGACAACAAAGGAUGAAUUAUCUAACGAUAUAGAAACUCUGCUAGAAGAAAUAAGAGAUGUACAGACGCGCUUAGCGGAUCUUCCUGACGAGAGCCUGGACACCAUGGCGGAGGGCCUCAAGGAGGGCAUCAGCAUCCUAUUGAAGUGUGAAGAAGCAGCAGAGAUCCUGGAAACGAAGAUCAUGGAGUACCGCCAGGAGCAGGAGGUGCAGACGCUGCUGAAGGAGCUGGUCAUCAUGAGGGCCAAGAUCUCGAAGCUGCUGAAGCAAGCGAACGAUGGUCUGGAAAUCAUCGAGGUAAGAAAGGAAGCCAAAGUGCAAGUGGCUAUUCAAGCGAAAGAGAUAGAAGAAAACAAGGAGAAAAUUGCCAAGCUCGACAAAUGGCUGGAGACCAUCAACAACGGUCUCAAAGAAACCGUCCAGCACUCCGAAGUCCUCACGGAGGAAGAUAUUAUUAGAUAUAUUGAAAUAUAUGACCGUUACCUAAUUGAGUACGAGGAGUAUGAAACUAUUAUGAAGUCAAUAACUGUGAUAAGUCAAGAUGAAACUAGUCAGUCUUUGAAAUUGAAGUUGGUUGCGAUGCAAAAGGCGUUAAUGGAAACGAAGAAUCUAGUCAAUAUAGAGAUAGAGAGGUUAAGGCAGGUGCUGCUGCAGAUCAAGUCGGCACCAGAAGUGGUCGACGACGACAUCUCGCAGACUGAUAGGACAAUCGACUCAACGUCGAUGCCCGAAGAGGUGGUGUCGCCUAGAGAGAUUAUCAAAGAAAAGGAAGUUUCAGAGAAAGUACCAUCGGUGAAGCAGCCUUCUCCCGAAGAAAGUGUAAAAGUAACUGUACAAGAAAGUAAACCUAGUCAUGAGAAACCUGAACCAGUCCAAAUGCAGGUUGUAAAGGAAACUGUGGCAAUUGAAACACAAACUGGCAAGAGCCUCAUGUCGGAGCCGCCGUCUGUGUCUGACAAAUCUGUGAUAUGCCAACCUGAGGCCAAAGUCACACACGACGUAUCCAUCACAUGCGCUCCUCCAGUUGAAAUGGCAAUACAAACUAGUGAACCGCACUCUGAAGCUAAGGAAAUCCUUGAAAAUAUUCAAGUCAGACAGACAAUUUCUGAUGGUCACGAGACUAUUGAAAUUGCCAGUCGACCUGUAAUAAGGGAACAAAAGCUUGACGAGAAAUCUUUGCUCGUUGACGCAAACUACAAGGAUGAUAACUUCAGAAAGGAUUCACAGCUCAACAUCACACAUAGCUUGCCACAGUCCUUCGAGACGGUUAUGGUGGAACCUGACGAAACGACAACAGAAGUUGUAGUAGACGCCGAUGGUACCAAGAGGAUUAUUGUAAAGAAGGUCAGAAAGACACUAGUCACAAGACAACAAAUACUCCAGAGUCAACAACAUGAAUCUCAUAUAUUAUCUAGUGAUCUCCCUCUCGAUCAGGCCUACUCCCAGAUCGUGAUAAGAGACGAGAAGGCAGGAACAUCUACGACAUUAGGAGAAGGUGAAGUACAACAUAUGGAAUACCAAACCUAUGGCGGUCAAGUAAUAACUAGCCUACCUGGUGGUGAGGUUACUAUUCAAGAAUUUACAUCCAAACCUGAUAUGAAAAUUACUAUGGAGAGAGAUAUGAACCCUGAACAGAUUCUUCUUCUGGCUGAGGGACAAGAACUACCUCAAGUUCAAACAUCUACUUCAAGUGUAACUGCUGUGGUUCAGCAAGUUACUAAGCGCAUAGUAAAGACUCGAAGACGUAUCAUCCGUCGCGUCGUUAUUAUUGACGGCAAAGAACACGUAACUGAAGAAAUUGUCGAAGAACCUGACAAUGUUGAAGUAGUAGAGGAACAAAUCCCGAGGGUUUCUAUAAACGUUCGAGAAAGAGGUGACAUUCAACCUUCAGGAGGUGAAGAUGAUGAUGAUCGUCGAGACGAUCACCCAGCCCUGCCACCUAGGAAAGACGAUGACUCUUCAAAGGAUGACAGACCGAAGCACGACAAACCUGACGGCAAACCAUCUGAGGAUAGACCGCAUGAUGACAAACCUAAAGACGAGAAGCCUGACGAUACUGACAGCCAGCAAGUAGAUGCACCAGUUGAGCUAACCCAAGCCCAACAACUUGAAAAGAUGAUGCAAGACUUCAUUCAAAAGGAAGGUACAACACAUCGUACUAUUACCAAAUCAACUACUAGAGUGCAGACCUCACAAGAACGAGAGAGCAGUCCCGUGGAGUUUAUCCAAAAGGAUGGUACAACCCACCACACGAUAACUAAAUCAACAACUACUAGAGUGCAAUCCUCACAAGAACGAGAAAGCACUCCGGUUAAAACAGUAACAGUGUCUGAAUCUUAUGAAAUUCUACCAGGUCAACCUGAUGAAACUACCUACAUCGUACAAGAACCUCACGACGAGGAUGGUCACACAACAUUGAUAACUGAAGGAACGCAUCAUUCCACUUUCGAGUCUUCCUCGACCAAUGUAGCUACGGUUGUACAGAAAGUCACUAGAAAAAUAACCAGAACGAGGAGACGUAUCAUCAAACAUAUCACAAUCAUUGAUGGUAAGGAGCACGUCACAGAAGAAGUGAUCGAAGAACCAGAUGAUGUUGAAGUUAUUGAAGAGGAACCUCAAAUAUCUCACAGCAUUCAAACCGAAGGCGUUAAAACAAAACGUAUUAGAAUAAUCAAACAAGUGCAGAUUAUUGACGGUAAAGAACAUGUGACGGAACAAAUAGUAGAAGAACCAGAUGACGAAUAUGUACCAGAUUCUACAAUAACAACUGAUAUCGAUGUUAAGUUAAGCAAACCUGAAGCAUUGGAAAUCAUACAAGAGGAUGAUGUCAAGAGCGAAUUCCCUACUAGAAUUACAAAAUCUACUACAGUGACUGUCAUGCCUACACAAAAAGAUACCACCAUCAUCGAUGUCACAAAGGGUUUCAUUGGCAGUGAAAUAGAACAUGUUGCUGGAACUGUACCUGAAAUCAAACAGACCACUAUAACUAGGGAAAUAACACCGGAUUCUUCGAAAAAGCCAAGUGAUGAUACUGAUACCACAGUGAAGAUUGUUAAAGAGACUGUCCAGUUCAAUGAGCCUGAAGUAACUACAUCCACGAUCACUACCAAGGAAACAGAUGGCUUUACAACAACUACAGUAACUAGACAUGUCACAUCAGAGUUCACGACUGUGACAUCUAGUGACACUCCAAAGGACACUAGUUUGAUUGAUAUCACUAAGAGUUUAAUUAGUAGUGAAAUGGAACACACCGCAGAAGAUAUUUCAAAGAAACCGAAAGAACCAGCUAAAGGUGCUCCAGUAAAAUCUGAACCAGUCAAAGAGGUCCCAGUUAAAUCUGAACCAACUACAGUCGUUCUAGAGGAAACUGAAUCAUUAGAAAAAGUACCGAUUAAAUCUGAACCUGUUAAAGAUGCUCCAGUUAAGUCUGAACCAAUUGAAGAAGUACCAGUCAAAACAGAACAAAUUACAGUUGUAAAGGAAACUGAAAUUGUUAAAUCUGAGCCUGUUAAGGAACUACCGGUUAAAUCUGAACCUACUAAAGAUGCUCCAGUUAAAUCUGAACCAGUCAAAGAAGAACCAGUCAAAUUUGACAGCCCAGAUGCAACAGUUAUUACUAAAACAGUAACUGUAACUACCCCAGUAGACGAAACUAAAACUACUACCGUUGUAACCUCUGAAGUUACACAAAAAGAAGCUGUUGGCACCCCAGAACCAGUGCAUCCUAAAGAAACGAAAGAAGAAAAACGACCAGCUAAAGAACCUGUACCUAAAGACAAGACUCAGGAGCCUGAAACAGUGAUGCAAAUAAUUCAAGAGACCGUUCAGUCUACGGAACCUGAAAUCACAAUCACUAAGAAAACCACUGAAGUAACCAAAGUCACUGACAUCAUCAGUGACGCGCCAAUAAUCACUGAAACUAUUACUAAGACUGUUACAACCGAGAUUCCAGAAACAAAUGGAAUUAAGGAUACAACUCUCGUUGAUAUAACUAAGAGCCUCAUCGAAAGUGAAACGGAUCAUUCAGUGGUUUCUAAAAUACCAGCGUCACCUGUGAAAAUUAUUACAAAAACAGAAGAAAUCAAACAGGUUCCUUUGACAGAACCAGAGGCACUCAAAGAACCAAAACAAGUUAAACCUGUUGAUGAAAAGCUUUCGAAACCAGAAGAAUUAAAACCAACAGUUACUGUUGAAGUUAAAUUAACUGAGCAAAGGUUACCAGCUAAAGAUGUUUCUCCAGACAAAGUAGUAGUAGUGGAAACUUCUGCUAAACAACCACAAGAGGUGAUUGACACAACUAUUACAACACAAAAGGAUUCGUCACUUUAUGACAUUACUAAGAGCUUCAUUGGAACUGAAAUUGAUCAUUCAGCUAUCCAUAAAACACCAACAAAGCCUAAAAAGGAUGAAUUAAUUCAACAAAAAGAGGAAAUUGAUCAUUCACCUAAACCUACAACACCCAAACCUGAAAAGGAUGUGCCUAUUCCUGAAAAAGAGGAAAUUAAGAAAUCACCAGAAGCAGAAAAGGUUAAGGAUAGUGAAACAGUUACUACUACUACUCACAAAACUAUAACUACAACUACUAGUGUUCAAGAAAAGAAGCCAACAGUUGAAACACUUGUUACCAAAUCACCUGAAAUUGUUACAAUAGUCAAGGAAACGAUUGAAGUCGAACCUGAAACUAUUGGCACCACUGAAGACAUUUUUGUACCUGAACCUGAAAUGGCUCAAGCUUUAGAAGUGACUGACGUAACUCCAGCCAGUACUGUGGACGUGCCCAAAGACACAGGUCUGCUUGAUCUCACAAAGAGCUUCAUUGGUAGUGAGAUGGACCACACUGUAGUGUCCAAGAUUCCAGCAAUGCCAAUCAAACGGGAAGAGUCACUUGAAAUGGCGGUCGAAGCUAUUGAAGAACCACAAACACCUGAAACAUUAGCUCCAGUAAAAGAAGCUGCUAUUCCUGAAACUGUAACAACGACCAAACUUCCCGAACAGGUUGACAUAGUUGAUGAACGAGUCGUGCUUAAAGAGGAUAAGCCAGAAAUUUCUGAAGAAGAUCAGAAAAUUGUAGAAACGCUGAAAAAACCUGAGAAAGAAAAACUAUCGGAGAAGAAACCUAAGGAUGAUAGUGUUCAAUUCAUUACGCAGGAGAUUACAGAACAACAGGGCGUGACACAAUUUAACGUGACAGAAAUAACACGAGAGCUAUUAGAAAAGGAGAGUAUUCACGCAGGUACCAUUCAUUCUCCUGUUAAAGUAGAAGAAAAGCCUAAAGCAAUUCCAUCUGAUGUGCCUAAAGAUUACUCUGAAGUUACACAAGUGACCCAAGUUUCUACAAGCACUACUAUCGAACCUAAAGAACCAGUUCAACCUGAUGAACCAACAUCAACUGUAUCAAUUUCUAUCAAAGAACAAUCUUUGCCUCAAAAAGAAGAAAUUGUAUCUGUUAUCACAAAGGAUGUAAUAAAAUCCGAAGAACCAGUACCGAAGGAACCUGAAGUCGUUGAACAACCUUCGAUUCCAGUCGUUGAAGAUGUUAAACCAACAUCACCAGAACGCGAUUUCCCAGAGGUAGAAAUUGACCAACAACCCAAGAUAGGUGUUGUACAAUUGAUUAAAGAAUUCAUCACUCAAGAAGGCACUGAUAAAUAUGAACGCAUUCCUGAAACUACCAAGACUGAGGUCGAUACGACUGUUAGUCAAUCUGAAGUUACCCAAGUCUCUACAAGCACUACCAUCGAACCUAAAGAACCAGUCCAACCUGAUGAACCAACAUCAACUGUAUCAAUUUCUAUUAAAGAACAACCUUUGCCUCAAAAAGAAGAAAUCGUAUCUGUCAUCACAAAGGAUGUUAUAAAAUCUGAAGAACCAGUACCGAAGGAACCAGAGGUCGUUGAACAACCUUCGAUUCCAGUCGUUGAAGAUGUUAAACCAAUAUCUCCAGAACGCGAUUUCCCAGAGGUAGAAAUUGGCCAAGAACCCAAGAUUGGUGUUGUGAAAUUAAUCAAAGAAUUCAUCACUCAAGAAGGCACCGAUAAAUAUGAACGCAUUGCUGAACCUACAAAGACUGGAGUUGAAAAGAUUAUUAGUCAAAUCACAACUGAAAAAGCACCAACACAAUCUACGAUUGAAGUGGAACCAUUGAAAAUCGGAACAGUUAUUUCUGAAGCUGAUGUCACUGAAGUGCCUGCGGCUCCUGAGAUGUCGUACAUCAGACAGUUCGAACCACAAAUUCAAGGCUCGUCUGAUAGCGUCAACAAAUUAAUGAUGACGUUCGGCCAGCCUGAGAAACAAGAUGUUCCAUCUCAAACAACUGAACUGCCUGGUUUUACUCAGCCUCAGCCAGACAGGCCUGGUACUAAAUAUGAUGUCUCCAUGUUACUUCAUUCUGAACGCCAGGACACUGAUAUUAGGGGAUUCAAACCAGAACCUAAAGUUACACAGCUUGAUAAACCAGAACAAACAGUCGACAUUUCACUGUCUUUGACUAAAUCUCGCGAAGCAGAUAAGGUUAAACCUGAAGUUCAAUACGACUUAAAGGUUCAACACUUUGAAGCCGAGCCGAUAGUUGUCAAGAAAGAUGUUGAAGUGAUCCUGCCAAGCGAAGUUAAAAUCACUAAAGAAAAGGUUACAGUCCCUAUUGCUGAUGUAGUACCCGAAGAACCAAAAGCAGAAAUCACACCACCAGAGUCUGUGAAACAAAGUAAGAAGAGCAGAAGGAAGAAGAAGCAUAAAACCGAUUCCAUAACUAGUGAGUCGACUGAAAUCGAAACAGAUAAGAGUAUUGCGGGUACCGACAGCUCAUCCCUGAGCCAUUAUGUGGAGCUUCCAGUCUCUCCACCUCGUGAAUCUCCUACACCAACCGAGGAUGUAUUAGAACCGGUGGUAGUUGCCGAAGUUGAACCUGAACCCAAGGAACCAACUCCAGUUAUUAAAUCCGCUACUCCUGAACCUGAAAAGAUAAAAACACCUGAGGAACCGGUGCUUGAAGAACCACAGGCCCCUGAAAUCGAAGACUCUUAUGUCGAAUCAGAAUCUCUUACCAUCUCAGAAGAAAAGGGAUACGAGCCUGAAGACUUAUCUUUGGGUCCAGUACCGACAACUGAAAGUAAGAAGAAGCACAAGAAACGAAAACCACACAGGGAAAGCGAAGAGACGGCAUAUCCAGUAAUAACCACAACAGAGACAGAUGAAACUACUGUAACAACACCAGUAGAGAUGCGUGAACCUGGAAAGAAAGGCAGAGAUAAGAGGCGCAAGAAGAAGACUCCUGUGGAACCAGUUAAAUCACCCUCAGAGCCAGAUGUAGAGCCAGAACCUGUUGUAGAACCAGAGCCAGAGGUUAAACCCGAAAGUCCUAAACUUGGAACUGAAGUUGAAGCUUCAUCGCCCAAAGAAGAGUCUUACCAUACUAUCAGUGAAACGUCUGAUAUCACGACUGUCAAAAUCGUCGAGGAAUGCGUCCAAAGCAGCCCUGAGACUGCUGAGAGGGAAGUGGGAACUAUCCUUAAAUUCCCUGUUCCAAUAGUAGAAGAAAUUGCUACUACAGAAUAUUCUGUCCAGACGUCUCCUGAGGAGCCUGAGCCUGUUGAAGAGAUACCACGACCAGAAACAUCUGAUAUUGAAAUGCAGACGACACCAACGUCCAUGAGUGAAGUUAUCACUCAAACGACGCCUGUGAAAGACAAAGAAGCUCAUACACAAACAGUUGAAGAAGUAGUUACUGUGGUAGAAAAGAUUAUGUCAGAUACUGAAAUACAGACUAGCAGGUCAGAAACUCCAGAACAAGUUGUACAACUUGAAGCCACAACUCAGGUUAUUCCGCAUGAUAUUAGCACUCCUGAAGAGAAGUUCUCACAAACGUCACCAGUUGUUGAGGAACCUGUCAUUGUCGAAGAGAAAUCAGUUACUCCUGAGAUCAUCACAGAAUCACGAGAAAUGCAAACAUCUCCAUUGCCAGUGGUACAAAAAGAUGAGAAGAGUACAGAAAUUAUUGUAGAAACAACUGAAACAGAUAUCCAGACUGUUCAAAAAGAAAUAACGGAACAAGGAACUUCAACUACUCCUAUCAAAGAGAAGGAGCUGACUGAGAUGGGUAUGCAAACACCUGAAGUCCCACUUGUCAGCACUUUCACUCAGUCUGAUACGCCUGAACCAGAGCCUGUGAAAGAGGUUGAACCUUUGCCAGUGGAGAUUCCAGAAGUGCCAUCAUUACCUUCUCUCGAAAUAAAGGAAGAGGUUAUUACUGUUGACAGCACUCAGCAAACAACACCACGAGAAGAGGUUGAACCUCCUAAACCAGAAGUCAAAGUGAUCGAGACUGUUAACACUUCUCAACAAACUACUCCCCGAGAACCUGAGCCGGUAGUACAGGAAGUGCCUGAAUUACCAGAAAAAUUAGUAUCACCUGAACCAACGCCAGUUGUAGAACCUGGUAUUGAACCAGCGGUUGAACCAACAAGAAAGAUCAUAACAGUGGACAGCACCCAACAAACUUCUCCAAGAUCUCCACCCGUAGAACUUGCUCCUACACCAAUUCCACCACUAGACUUAGAAAGAAGAGAUGUCAUUACAAUCGACAGCACCCAACAAACUUCUCCCAGAAACUAUUCUGAAGAUUCCAUCUCCACUUCUACGGACGAGCCGUAUGAAAUCCACCUUAAGGCUCAGAUUUCGAUUCCACAAGCCACUACGGAGUUCAUCGAGAGUGAACGCUCAUUCGAAGAACCUCCCCAAUCUAUUUUGGGUGAAAAGUACAAACAGAAGAGGCGAAGGACGAAAAAGAAGACAGAAUCACCUCUCUUGCAAUCUCCAGAAAGUCUAUCGGAUCCAAUUAAUACUGAGCUUUCGUUGUCCGUGACACCAACCAGUGAAGAUAUGUCGCUUAAAGAUGCAUCAUCGAUUGAUGAAGGCAUCUCUCAACUUGCUAGUCCUAUGACGUCGAAACAAACAUUACACAAACUAACAUACUCUGAUGUUGUUCAAAGGUCAAAAUCUAAGUCACCAUCUCCUAGCAAGACUAUUAUCCCUCACAAAUCUGAAAAAGCAAGAUUACUAGAUGCUCUUGAAAAACGAACUCAAUCAGUCACUGAACCACAGAAGACUAUACCAGACGAUUCCAUGGCUGUUGCAUUAUUAGAACCAUCAGUAGAGAAAUCCUAUAACUUAGUUGUCAAUAAGGAACUAGAUGAAGUAAAGAAUUCAAUAGAGAACAAUGAUCCAACACGAACUGAAAGGAGUGUAAUCAUAGUCAUUGAAACCAUUUCAAUUUGGUUAGAAGAAAUUCAAUACAAGAUCCAGAGACAGACUUUCAGCGGCGUGAAGUCGACUGAAGAAACUGAACGUCUCAAUACACUCAAGAAACAUGUUCACGAUCUGAAGCACAUCAUCGAAGUGACUGAAGUGAGUGAAGAAAUAAUUACUUUGAUCGAAACGUUAACGCGUCAAGUAGAUGCGGUUAAUACUUUGAACAGUCAAAGCUCGGUCAAAGUGAAAGAAGUAGAAAAAGAAUGGAUCAAAUUCUUAGAAGAUACAGAUAAACUAAGCUAUUCUGUAGAAGCCGUGAAAAAUAAUUUAGACGACGUUAUAAUGUCGGAACUACCAACGCAACAGAAAUUGGAAAAGUUGGAUAAAAUCGAAACUAACAAUUUAGAUAACUUUGUAACGAUUAGGAAAAUGUUCAAGAGAUGUCGCAGUCUAGUUGAAGCCAACCCUAAAAGGGAAUGUCCAUCCAAGCUUUACAAUGCUGAGGACGACACCAAACAAAUAGAAAACACCAUCAAUACCGAGAGGGACAGACUUUUGCAGCUAGCGUCUCUGGCCGAGGAAUACGAACAAACGCUACAGGACUUCGGGCAGAUCACUGAUGUAGCCGAAGCUCUACUUGAUGGAAAGAUCAUUGUGUCAGACUUAGACCACUUACACGAAGAGAUCCAAAAGCACAGAAAGUUCUUCGUUAACUUAAGCCAUUGCAGAGCUAUCCUUGAAUCUUUAGAAGAUAACCUGGAUAGUGAAACAAGAGCGAAGUUUUCAUCUUUGCACAAUUCUUUACACGAUAGAGCGACGAUUAUCAUCGACCGAGCUGCAAGUCGAGCUCAACAAAUGACGUUAGCAGCAUCCAGGUGGUCUUUACUUCAACAUGGAAUGAAGGAAGAACGGCAAUGGCUCAUAGUCGCACAACAAAGAGUCCCAGACCUCAGCAACGUCACUUCCAGAGAUCACGAACAAUACAUAAAUCUGUAUCAGUCCAUAAGUCUGGAUGUCUCGCAUCAUUAUGCGAAGAUGUUACGUCUUCUGUCCAUUACAGAAAGCCUACAAAACUUAAUAGUUUGUUCUGGUUUAGAAUCAGAAUGCUCUGUAGCAUUAGACACAUUGUUGAAGCUACAGGACGAUGUGGACUCCAGGCUUACAAGACUGACAGCCUUUAAAGAAAACUGGGUAACGUACGACCUUCUCAUUGACCGAAUUGAAGGAUGGAUGAAGGUGGCAAACAGAGAACUGGAAUUUAUUACUCCAGAAAAUAUCACAACUACUGGCAAUCUCAGAAGAUUCUGGGAGCUAAAGGCUCAACAUGAGGUCCAUAACAAUUUGAAGAAUGAAUCAGGCGUUCAAUUUGAAAAGGCUUUAGAAAUUCUACCGGUUUCUGAUGAGAUGGUACAAAGACAAUUCUUCUCUAAGAUCGAAGACAAAUGGAGUGAAUUGGCAGCCAAGAUCGACAGCAUUCACUCUUCGGCAAUACAGAACAUCUCAGACCGUGACGUAUCCUCCGGAGAGAAGCUCAACAUACUGGAGGAAGAACUAAGAGAACUACGUGCAGCUCUAGAGAGUCUUAAAGGUGUGAUCAAGAGUGAAGACGAACUCAACUUGUACAUCGAAAGACUUCAAGUAAUGACUGGACGUAUCGACAGAAUACAGAAUGAACUGGGCAGACUGAGUUUGCUGCCUACUGCUGAAUCAGACCGCUUGGGUGCUCUGUUGACGCAGUCCGGUAUUCUUGACGACCAGAUCUCUGAAGAACUUGAACGCAGCAUGUUAUUGAAGGAGAAGAUAGUGCAAGUGCAGGCCGGUAUUAUUAGGUGCCAGAAGAGUCAGCGCCGAGCUCGCUUGACGCUCGAAGAGUGUGAAGCAGCUGAAAGGUUAGGCAGUGAUGUGGUGGAGAGGGCUUCGGAGAACUGCGACAAGUUGAUAGACGAGCUGGGCUCGCAGUGGAGAGACAUCCUGGCACUCAGGCAGGCGCUGCAUACGCUGCCGACCAGUCUGCGUGUCGUCGUGUCGCCUACGGGCGUCGAGAGAGACAUAUCUGCUUUGCAGGAAACGCACGCAGAACUAGAAGCGGCUUGCAGUGACUUGAGCACUCGUCUCCGCGCCAAACUGCUACUCUGGCGCCGGUUCGAGAGACAGCUGGAACUGGUGCAGGGCGCCGUGCGCGAGGCCGACUACAUGGUGGAGCUGCUCACCGUGCAGGGACAGGUGGACUACGACAGGCUGCUGAAGGCCACCGAGAAACUCGAGAACCUGAGCGAGUCGCUGUCCCGGCGUAGCGGCGAGCUAGUGGGCGAGCUGACAGCGGCGGCGGCCCCGCUGGCGGCGUCCAGCGAGCCCGCCGUGGCCGCCAGCCUGCGCCGCGACCUCGACGACGCCGCCGCCGCAUACGAGCACACCUGCACCAACCUCAACCAGCUCUGUGACAAGUACCACAAAGCAGUAGAACUAUGGAAGCGCUACAGGGACGCUGCGGCCGCCGUGCGAGCCUUCGCUGACUUCCAGGAGUCGAAGAUCCACGCACUCCGGCCUGAUGAUGCGCCCAACACCGCUCAAGCAUGUUUAGAACAAGAAGCUCGUGUAGCUGAACUCCGGUCGUUGGCUGCUCAAGUGGCUGCCGAGACUGGUUCCCGUGCACUUCAGGCUGAUGCUGACGCGUUAGCCAGGAGACUCCAACUCGUGGCUGGUGCUGUCCAGGCACUGGCAGACCUGGGAGAAGCUAGACAACUAGCUAGAGCCAAGGCUCAACAUGCUAAGGAGAUGCUGUGUGAUAUGAGACAGGACCUAACUCCCGUACAUGAAGAUGGUGAAAUAGUCGAGGAUAAACUGAUCGCUCUCCGAGACAAUCUAAUAGCUCUUGGCAAAUCCGAAGCAGACAUCGCUCCUGCGAAGGCCGAGCUCCCAGACAUCGACCGAGACGUUUCAGAUGAACACUCGAUAGUGAGGAUCCUGGAGCUAUGGCAGGCCAUGUUCAGAGAUACCUUCCUCCACUACCACCGGUUAUCUACCGCACUAGUCAGGUCUGGAGACGCCGCUACAGCGCUACGAUUAUGGCACGAAUACUUGAUAGAUCUGCAAUCAUUCUUAUCUGGCUCAGUACCGGCUGAUUACGAGAACCUCACAGAACAUCGACGAUUAUGCCGGGUCCACAAGAACCUGUUGACGUCACAGAGGUCUGUGCUCAUGAACGAGAACAGAGAAACGAGAAACAGGGAGUUGGCCGAUAAAUUUGACACGCUGACGAAUCUGCACAAUGAGACAUUAGCAAGAAUCGUUGAAAGACACGAUGAAGUAUGUACCAGGAUCGCAGCGUGGGAUGAUUACAGAGAAGUGUACACGGAGUUGCUCAGGUGGCUCAAAGAAAUGGAACGAGAGAAGGAGAAGCUCCAACUCAGAUACGUACACAUCAAGAGGAUACAAAAAAUACUGGCUAAAAUACAGAAUCUCUCAGAUAAGGUCCCCGAAGGUAGGAGACAGUCUGACAAAUUGCUAAGUGACUUAAAGAAAGUUCUCGAAUUCACGGAGGAAGCAUACGGUGCAUCUGUAAGAAUGGAAUACGCUGGCAUUGUGAAGAGAGUAGACAACUUGCAAGCCAGUCUCGACACAUGGAGAGACUUCUUGAACAGGAUACUUGGCUUAAUCAAUGAAUACGAAAAUCUGACAAACAAUGAACUGCACAAACUGUACUCGAAGACUCAAGACGAAAUCAUGUCCUACUCAGACGAAGACAGAUUGUCCAGGCCACAACUUAAGAAGGCAGUAGAAAAAUAUUCAGAGUUGAGAACAAAGAUUGUGAAGACUGAAACCCAAAUUGAAACCCUAAGCGUAAUCCAAGAACAACUGAAGGAAUGCCUGAGUCCGCAAGAUAUAAGGUUAGUGAACCAGAGGGUGUGGCAGCUGCGACAACAACGUGCUGACCUCGAACACCAACUGUCUAUCAUAAUCCACAGACUACAGGAACGAUUGGAAAUCUACACCAUAUUUGAGUCACGGCUGACACGAUUUGUUGAAUGGAUCACUACACUCGAAACAAGGCUGGAAGCCUCCAGCCAAAGCACUGAAAUUGGAGCAAUCGACCCUCAGGAUCUUAUCAGGAGAAUAAACUCCGAAGUUCAGGCUGAAACUGCAUUGAAGGAACGUGAAUUCGAAUGGCUCACUGAAACUGGCAUGUCUCUGGUAGAACUAUCCAAGAAAGAUGAAAAAUCUUACAGUAAAACUACGUCCAAACAACUGAAAGACGUACAAGAACGAUGGCAUAAGAUGCAAGAAACUGGACGGUCGAGGAUAGCUAAGAUUAAUGAACUCCUGGAAACGAUAUCUCAAUUAGAACAACGGCUUACUGACAUUAGGUUAAAACUACAUUCCAUAGAAUCUAACUUAUCUACAUCUGUUGUAUUAGAAUACCUAACGACGAAAGCUGUUGAUGAGAAAUUCAAAGACAGAGAUGAUAUUCAUAAAAACAUUGAAAACGAGAGUGGAGAGGUAGGGGAAACCCUCAACCUUUGCGAACUCGUAUUCAACGAUCCUGAUGUUCUGAAAGGUAACUUUGACCUACGCAACCUGCACACCGGUGUUGAUAUUGUCGAAAAGAAAUGGAAGAACAUUUGCGAAAUGUCCGAACAGCGCAAGAACGCGUUGAAGGAAAUUCGCAAAUCCGCUGAACUCGCUAAUUCGUUGCUGCCGAAGGUCGAGAAGAAACUUGACUCUGUCGAAAGGCGAGUCGAGAAGAUCGAGACCAGGAAGCAACGCGGGGAACCUGAAGAUGAAAGUGUAUCUAAGGCUGUGAUAAAGGACUUGGAGAGCGUGGAAAGUGACGUGAAGCGGCUAGAGGAUGCUUACAGCAGGAUAGCUUCGGCUCGUGGAGUGGAGCUGCGAGGAGCUGCAGCGGACGAGGCGGCGCGCCUGCGGGCCGCCGUGCGCCGCUGGCAGCUGCUGGGCGCGCGCCUGCACGCCGCCGGCGCAGACGCGCACCGCCAGCUUGUAGCCGCGCACGGCAAGGCCGUUGUCGCACUCGCCGAGGCAGACGUACGACUCACGCGGGCGCUGCAUCUCGCACCCACGCCGCUCGACAAGGCGGCCACCUUGAAAGAACUUGAUGGCGUCGAACAAGAACUCCUAGAAUGCCAAACGCUGGUGGAAGACGCCGACCGGCUGGCGGCCGCAGUGUCGACGGUGGCGGGAGUGUCGGACAUGGUGGCGGAGUACCGCGCACUCUUCGCUGACGUACGGACGAGACUAGACCUCGCACGCGCUGAGGUCGUCGGCGAUGUGGAUAGUGCUGUACAGGUUGACACGCUUAAAUGGGAAACGGACGCUGCCCUCCAAGUAGAUACCUUAACGUCCAAGGAAACCUAUAGAGCAGAACUAGCAACCGCCGUAAAAGAAACUUCGGAAGCCCUUGAGGCUCUCCGACUCGCCCUCGACACACAACCUAAUGAAAAGGCGAGCAGUGACGAACUGGCCACUGCUGCCAAAGAAAUAGCCAAAGCUGGUGCCAAACCUGGACAAACAUUAGAGCUGGCCAAACAUUUAUCCGAGUUGCUGCUCACUGAAUGUGACGCGACGGAAGAUGAGGCCAUGCUCAAAGAAGUAGAAUCUCUCUCCCUAACAUACGAAGACCUGCUCAGCCAAGCGAAGAAACGGGAGCUCCAAAUCAACAACUUGAGGUUGCCCCACUCUGCGUCGUACGCGCUCACGUGCGAACAUGAGUCUGGCCGCCUGACGUGUCCGCUGUGCUCCGAGCGCAACUGGAAGCAGCUCGACAACGACCUCUGGCGGCUCGAGCAGUGGCUGCAGUUCGCAGAGGCCACGGACGAGGCGCGGACCGGCCCGCCUGAGCAGUACGACGCCUUGGAAGAUGUCAUACAGGACCAUCGUGAAUUCCUCCUGGACUUGGACUCGCACAAAUCGAUCGUAGUGUCCCUGAACGUGGUGGGCACACACGUGGCGGCGCACGCGCGGUCGGCCGCGGCCGCCGAGCGGGUGCGCGCGCGUCUGGCCGCCGCCAACCUGCGCUGGGACACCGCCUGCCGCCGCGCGCACGACUGGCAGGCCCGCCUGCAGCGCGCCCUGCUGCACAACCGGCAGUUCCACGACAUACUCGUCGACCUCGUCGCCAAACUAGCUGCCGCCGAGAAGACGGUUCGCGCCCGAGAGCCCCUCCGCCUCGGGCGCGAGCCCGCCGAGCUGCAGCGCGACUUCCGUCGGUUCGCGGAGCUGCGCGACGAGCUGCGGCGCGCCGAGCCGCGCGUGCUGGCGCUGCACGAGGCGGCGGCGCUGCUGGCGCCGGGCCCCGGCCCGCACGCGCGGCUGGCCGAGCUGCGCCUGCGCCUGCAGUCGCUGCGCAAGCUGUGCUCCGUGUACGCGCUGAAGCUGGGCGCGGCGCUGGCCCGCCGCCCCGCGCGCAGCACGCACGCACUCGCCGCCGCCGCCGCCACGCUCGCGCCGCAGCUGAUGGAGGAGGACGAGGAGGAGUUGUCCGGCUUGACACUGCCGCCGCUCGACGAGACGCAAACGGUGGUUGAAGAAGAAGAAGAGAGCGGGGAGGACGGCGCGUUGUUCGGGAUGGGCCGCAGCCUGCGGUUCAUCUGCCGCGUGGCGCGCGCGUCGCUGCCCUUCCAGGCGCUGCUGCUGCUGCUGCUGGGCGCGGCGGCGCUGGCCCCGCACGGCGGCCAGGACUGCCGCAGCCGGCCCCUGCUCGACCCCGUGCUGCGCUACCCCGACGGACCACCCCCACUAUGAGCCAACAUUCCCACAUCUAAACAUUCGCAUCCGCGCUACAUUACUUAAUUAUUAGCUAGUAAGGACUGUUUAUAAAACGUCGAAAAUAAAGCCUUUGCAUUGAUUCA